ACUAAGGGCCUGCUUAGGUCCCUCGGCCAAUAGGGGGCCCCCAAAAGCAAUCCCAAAAAAGUUUUAUCUUUUGCAUUUAUAAGUGAUGCUUUCUGCAUGGUUAAAUAUAUACUAUUGUAGAAAUAAAAUUAAAGUAAAAACAUUUUAGUGCUGCUGCUGAUGUAGGCCUAUGAUUCUUACUGCCGAUAUGUCAACGCUCUGCUUCUGUUUUGCGCUUCCUGCUGUGCAAUGUGCACUGAGCAUUCAAAGCAUUCAAAACGGACAUAUCCUUCAGGAGCAGAGAAAAGAAAGAGGAAGAAAUAAUAAGAAGAGAAAAAAAACACCAAGAUAAAGGUAUGUUUGCAUGUGUUGGAAUGUUAAUCAAAGAGAUUCAUGAAGGUGUGUGAAUGAUCAACAAUCAAUAUUAUUGGCAGAAAUAGAGGGCCCUAUGAUCAAAUUUUGCUAAGGGCCCCAUUGAGGCUUGGGCCGGCUCUGCCCUUGGCUUAACUUAGCCCACUCUCCCCUAUUUGUAUUCUAUCCACACAGAGCUCAUUGUAUCAUAAGGCAUGAGCUGUAAAAGUGGGAAACCCCCUCUGCAUCAUUGACUGUCCGUAUAACAUAUUCAUAUCAGGCCUCUGCUCAUGUAUUAUUAUCAAAGCACAUGCCUCAAGUUGUAGAAUAUAAAAGACCUUAGUUUGAAAUCAGACCACAUUACCCAGAAUGCCGUGUGGGAGCGAAAGUCGCCGCACCUUCGCCGGGUGGAGCUUGUGAACGUGGGAACGUUUGUGGGUUGCUGCGGGUUGCUGCUGCUGCUGCUGCUGCUGGAGUAAAAACUGUUUGACAGGGAGGUGAGACGACCUGUGAGAGGGGGAUUACAUAAGAGAAAAGAAGUUUUUUAGCGUGUCCGCGACAGUUUCCGAGUCAACUUGGAGGUAGACUUGAGCUGCGACAAAUGAUUUGUACGAGUGUAAGCAACAGGGCAGAGAGCGAAAUGUCAGGGACUGUUUCAGCCGAGAGCAGGGGGAAGCGCGACUAGUACACCGCAACGCGGAAAAUCUUCAGGGGGGUGAGAAUGCGAAUGGUGCGAAGAUACCGAAAUCAAACAAAAUGGAAACGAUGUAGCGACGCUGCGGUAUUUCAUAUAGCUAGAACUAACGUUAGAGUAGAGAAUAGAUAGCUAAGGAGCUAGCAGGUUAACUAACAUACAUGUAAAGUUAUUCCCCGGAGAGACAGAGCCCGGAGGCGUCUGUUGAAUCAGAGGAGUUUUAUCAAUACCACGAAAUCAAAGAAGAUCAACAAGAAGAUGCUACGGAGAGGACUCAACCGUUUGGUAUGUGUGCCCCGGUAUUAACACUCCACACAUUCACACACAUUUACAUAAACAUUGUUAGCCCAUUACAUCCCGCUGUUGUCUGCUAGCGUUUUUAUUAACUGCUGAGAAAGGAUGUAACAGAGUAUUUCCAGUCAUUGCCCCCUGUCAUUUCAUCACGAGAAACUACAAGCAUGACACUAACUGUUACUUCAGCCAGCCGGAUAACACGGAGCAGCUGGUGUCAGCUAACUGCUAGUUAAGUUCCUGAAACAGCCAGGAAGUCACGACAGAUGUGAGCUGAUGGUAGCUUCACUGAGCAGGAGCUGGUAAAAAUGUACUUUAAGGUCACAUACGGGGAAGUGUCUGCCUGCUCUCCGCCAUGGAAGCUCACCUUCUUUACAACCUACUUUAAUUCAGUUCAAUUCAAACUUUGUUAUGGGCGCUUGUUUCAGUUAAAAGACUGUGUAAUACUCGUACAAAUACAGACACACUUCAUUUUUUUUAAUGUAAGGAGGAUAUAGAAUUGAUAUAAACUGCUUUAACCCUAGAACACUAUCACUACAAUUAGUAACAUUAUCACUAUAAGAAAUAAUAUACCCAAGAAAAAGUACUUGUCAUCAAAGUAUAUCAAAAUAGGACAAUGCAUGACAAGUUGAAGUAGUUUUUUUCAUUUUUAACUGUGUAAUGUGCAACAAAAAGUGCCAUGAGGGGACCAUAUAAAAAUGCAACAAAAUAACUAAAAAUUAGGCAUUCAUGAACGAAAAAAUUCCUGAUAAAAACCCCACAGAAACUGUAAAUUUAGGCUGUGUUCGAAAUGAAUCAGUCAAUCCCUAACCCCUAACCCCCAUAUGGGAUUUCACUAUAUAGUUGACUAUGUAUUGAACUCAAUCACCAGAGGUUUCGGACACUACAUGGCAACAAGCAAUGCAUGACAGGAUGCCCACCCCCAGUGAGCGACCAUCGGAUGGUCACUACAUUUUGCAAUGCUCUAUGGGAAAUUUUGAGUCGCCUAUAUGGGGCAUUGGAAUUGAUCACUCAGGUUUCGGACACCCCUCAAAAUGGUGCUAACCCCCAUGUAGUCGCCUAUAUAGGGGUUAGGGAUCCAUUUUGGACACAGCCUUAGUUUCUUUUCCACCCAGUCCUGGGGCAUGUGAGUCUUCCCUGGUGAAGACUCGGGGUCCUUGGCACAAUAAUAGCUGCAGGAGAGAGAACCAAAAUAUUGCAUAUUUUGAAUGAGUAACAAUGACCAGCUGACUAAAAUAUUUCUUAUCACGACAUGAAUUCCCUUGAAAAUCACUACUUUGUGAUAGUUAUUCAUAACCACUGCGCUAAAUAAAGAAAGAAAGCAAAUUCCAGGACCACUCUUACUGGCCUUAUUCGCCUACAUGCAGCUAUCAAAUCCACCCAAACCUACUUUACCCUCUAUCACCCGAACACAUGCCUGUAGGAAAUAGCAGGUUUUGAUCAGGGAAACAAAUAUGUCUUCAAAGUUGUCAAAUGCAAUGCUGAAGCUACCCAGGGACCCAUGAUACUCAGACAAACGCAACAUAAUAAAAAUCACGUAAACAUGUUUGGUCAGGUGAAAAUCACCCAGCGAUAGUGUUCUAGGGUUGAGCUUUAAAAGAGGCAUCUGAACCAGUGUCUCCUUAGAUGAAACUUGUUAUGAACGACACUGUAUCUGAUAUUAGCCAAGCCCACAAUCAUACCAUUCUCAGCAUAGUUUGGAGAGUUUCGAUUGAGCACUAACCCUUAUUUUGCUUGCUCUGCACAAUCCACUGUAGAGUUCUUUGGGAAUAGCAUCUUUGCAGCCUCGCUUUCUUAUAAUACAUGAACAAAUUUGCAGUAUAUAGAGGUAUACAUCUUCAUUAUGUCUUAACACAAACUACAGCUGCUCUCAGGGAUGCUUGCAUGUACAUACGAUACAUCUUGUUUAACUGACUUUCAAGAUCAACAUUAUUAGUGUAUUUUCUCCUAUAAAACAACCAAAAUAUGAUCUGAUUACGGCUGUUACAAAAGUUCAGCACUGCAGGAGUAUCAUUCAACACAACCAGGUCAUCUGCAUGUGAGAUUGUCCUCUACACUUUUAUCAAUUAUGCACCCUGUGUUACAAGCUAUCAUCAAACGUACAGUGAUAAAAGGGUCUCACCUGUAUAUUAUGUAAAACAGCUUUGAAACCGAAGCUAAAUUAAGAGUGCAUCAGCUUGUCUCCAGGGACCUGGGCUGGUUUUCUCUAAGGUCUCGGAGGCUAAAAAUAUACACUCUCUUCAAUGCACAAAGACAAGCAUUCUACCAUAUGUCUUUCCCAGAGUAGCCUUCACGGUCAACUCAAGUCGAUAAAUAUAGAUUGACAGGAAAUCAAUCAGCUACAAAUUUGUCAAUUGAUUAUGUAGAUCUGGUUCUGUUUUCUUUUGGCUUCUGAACUGAGAGGUUUUCCUGCUUAAAAUUUUGUCGAAACUUGUGAAGACAACUCACACUUUUGUUUAACUUAGGGCGCGUUCACACCACCCUCGUUUAGUCUGGUUAAACCAAACCCUGGAGCGUUUACCCCCUUGAUGCGGUUUGUUUAGGUCGGUGUGAACACUGACCUCGAACUCUGGUGCGAACCAAAUAAACAAACUCUGGUCCGCCUGAAGAGGUGGUUUCGGACCGCUAUUAUGUGAACUCUGGAGCGGUUUAUUUCUGGUGUGAACGUCAUCCAAACCAAUCACAGGAAACACACCACACACGUCAUUUCCUCGUCUUUAUCAGUCUGUUGUUUGCAGCAUGUCUACUCCGGAAUGUAUUAAUUAAUGCUGCAGUUCGUGCUCACUGGCUAGCGACUAGCGUCUUUUGAUACGCGCUCCAGGUGAGUAGCAAGAGCAAAAUCAACCUACGAUGCUCCAUGUCAGACGAAGACAGCAGAGCGGGGUUUGUCUUCCAGCAUAAACUAAUGACCAAUAACCGAACAAUAUACACGGUCACGUGACUUCCGGUUCUGUUUUCUGGAGCGAUUGAGUUUGUCCUUUGUAAACGCAAACCGGACCAGUUAAACAAUCAAAACAAAUGUAUCGUCUUGCCUUGGAUUCGAAUCAGGAAAUGGAUCUUUAGGUGUGAACACGACCUUAAACUCAAUUGAUCACUCUAAAGAGAACUGUAGCUAACAGUCUAUCAAUAUAAUAUGAUAAUAAUAAUAAUGGUGCAUCAGCUGAGGAUGUAUCGGUUGACAUUGUUUGUGCGACAGUCUUUCCGUGCCUGUUAAGCAGCUGUGAGAUUAGUCCAAUACGAAAAAGAAGUUGGUCCUCUGCCCUCGUGAACUGCUGUGACAUCAUAUUUCACGAUUGGUCAAUUUAAUGCUUACCCUUUAAAGUUCCCCCAUUGGUUUCAUUGCCUUCCUCAUACGUUAAUCAGUCAUGGGCUGGCUAGUUGAGAGUGGAGUAACUCUCUGCAAGGCCAGGUUUAUAAAUGCUAAACUGCCUUUACUGCCUCUUUAUCAUCCUCUUAUGCACCAGUAACCUGUUGUCACCGCUGGGUUGAAUCCCCCAAAGGAUCCGUGAGCAGUAUAGAUACUGACAGUGAAUAAGGGGAAGCAAUAUAAUAAUUAUAGUGCCUGACCCUCCUCCUGGCCCCCCUCUAAGUGUUGCCAGGUCAGCUGAUUUUCCUGCUUCUGGAGAGGAUUGCUGCUGUAAUUUCUCUUCAGUGUGAGCUGUAAAUAAUAUUUUGUGCCGAGCAGCCAGCCACACUGUCAUUGAUGCUCACAGUGCCGUUAUCUCCGGCUCUGGCUCCCUGCCUCCUGAUUCACACCAUCCUCCUCUUGCCCACAGGAGGUUCAUGUGCAUCAUGAGAGAGGAGGGAGGAUGAUACAGAGAAAAGGGGGAUUGCCUGCACAUGCCAGAAGGCAAAAAAAGAGGCUCCAUGUGUCUCACUAGACUCUCCCACUAUGGUGCGCCAUGCCACCAAACCCGGAGUGUGUCUUUGGAAAAUCAUUAGCGAUAGCUGUGGGAACGAUUGAGGCAGGGCGUUUUUAUUGUGGGGGUGGGCUCUAGAGGUUGUAAUGCUCUGACAGGAAUGCAAAAUCACACACUUCCCUUUGAUGUUCGUUCAAGCCCUUGAAGGCAGCAGUGUGAUCUGUGAGAGGUGGAGCCUGGCGGAAAUGUGAUAGUAUUCAUGGUGGGAGCCCCUGCCUUGGCUUCGUGGAGAACAGCACCGACCCAUGAAAACACCAUCACCCAUGCAGCACGUCUCACUAUCUUUUUUUAGGCCUCCUCCUACUCUCUAGCUGGGUGAAAUCACACGUGAGGAGCUUUGGCUUUCUGCUUGGCUCAGUUGUAGCACUGUUAAAAAUACUCCUCCUACUCCGUUUUGAAGUACGCCCAAGCUGCAGCGGAGUUGACCAGUCCUGCACACAGUUGGAGGCUCCACAGGUGCUCACAUCCUGCGCACAAUGGCAGGAUGGAGUCACACGCUGACUCUAACGGAAGUGCUUUCUGCUUUGAGUUAUACAAUUAUAGAACCGAGUGUGGACAUAAUCAUUGAGUUGAUUUAUUGAAUAACAAGUUCUCUAAUAAUCUGUUAAUCCUUUGAAAUUCCAAUCAUUCUGCAGGACUAAUUAACUUCCCAAUUAUAGAGAGUUAUGCUUUUGUGUUGUCAUGCAGUGUUGCCAUGAAGCUUUUUUUGUAAAUGAUUAAUCAAGGAACUAAUCGGCAGAUUAACCGUCUAUUAAAAUAGUGCUAGUUGAAAGUAACUACUGCGAAGAACAUCUAAAGUUAGAUGGACCAUUUUAUAGUUUCAAAUGAAUGUUUCCUGUGUGGAGUUAGACGUCAAGGUUGGUUUAAUUUAGCAUCAUAUGCCUAGAAGUAAGCAUGCGUUUUAAUACCAGUCUCUUGGGGCUACUUAGGCACAACUUGUGGACUGCUUAGAGGCUGUAAAGUGUUUUGUCUCGGUUGUAUUUUCAAACAGUAGAAAGGUUACAGGCUAACAGGUUUUUUUGUCGUGUUUAGAUUACAAUUCACAGGAGCUACAGGGGUGUCAUGGCAUUUACACAACUCAUCUCCAUAACAUAAAAAAAAAAACCUUUGAUGCAUUGUGUGUUUUUCUUGCAGCCUGAUUCAAUUUUGAAGUGCAACUUUUGAAGGGGAAUUGUAUUCCGAGUCUGAGGGGUCCUACAUGUGACUCUCUUACAUGCUAAUCCAUUUAUCUUCCAAGGCCUGCAAAAUAAAAGAUUUUCUGCCUCUGCAGAAAAGGGUGCCGCUCCGCUCCUGAGCUCUUCUAUCUUAGUUGGGCUUCCCCCUCACCUCUGUGCCCUCGUCUCCAUCUCCGUUCAGUCUAUCCACCCUGCUGCAGGGUGAAUGAUGCACUGAGGCCUGCCAGUGUCAGAUGUGUUUCUACUUGACUGUGACCCAGGCACCUGUAAGCAAGCCCUCGCCUGGCAGGAGACGAGGUUGUGUGUGAGGGAUUGCAUGUCAGAGGAGUUUUAAAGCAGAGGGGUUCUAUAAACUAGUUUCUCAGGUCAGCCAAGAGUGCCCACAGCUCUGGGACGUACACACAACCUGUAUGCAAAUGUUGACACACACACAAACACACAAAUGUUGACACACACGCACCUGCACUUUGAGUGGAUGUCAUGCAAAUUUUUUACAUUCACAAUUGUAGUUUUAGAGACUCGGGGUUUAACUGUGUUAAAAAUUAAUCAAUACUAGUGCUAGUUUGGCAAAAGUAACCUAACAAAAGUCCAAUAUAUGAUAUGCUCAAAAAGUAAUGAUGCAGGGCUUGACACUAACUUUUUUCACAAGGAGCACAUGUGCUCCUAAGUUGAAAAAGUAAGGAGCACACAGAGAACUUUAGGGGCACAAUGGACGACGUAAGUACUGUUAUUUGAAAUCAGUUUUAGGUCUUUUGGUCACAUGACAUGGAAGCUAUUGAAGAAAAACAGCCUUUUUUGAGAACAUGAACCGGUAAUUUAUUGAUGGUCCCUUAAUAAACACCUGAUGUUGACAGUGAGGGUGCCGAGUAGAUUUAACCGCGCUGCUGCUGCUAUUCCCAGUUAUGGAAAGUGAGAUCCACAGUGAAUGUCAGUCGAAUAUCUAGCGUAAAUCUAACUUCACCGCGGUAUUUACAUGAAAAAAACAUUUGUUGCCUCGGCUGAUUUAUUUUAUGUGCACAUGUGCCCCUAAAUACAUUUUACAAUUCGCACCCAUCUAUUUUUAGUCGCACAUGUGAGUGAAAUGGUCGCACUGUUGAGCCCUGAGAUGUAUAAUAAUUAAGAUGAUUUCUCCUCUGUUUUCAUUAAGGGCUCGUAGUUUGUGAAGCUGUAGUUUUCACUAUUCAAUGCUACCUAAUAUAAAAUAACAUAGAUUUUGUCAUUUUAAAGCAUGUCGUAUUUAAAAGUAUCAGAGCAUUAAAAAUUUUGACAGUCUGAGUUGAGACUUAAUGCACCGUCAUCAGUUUUCCCAGGAUAAACUAAUGUUACACUCUUGAAAAAAAAGAUUUUAUGAUAAUAAUUUGUUUAAUUUACCCUGAUUUGAAGCUUUAAAAAAUGCACCGCUUCCUUUUCACUCCAUUAUCCUGAUUUUGCAGCCUCAUCUUCCAAGCUUCUAAAUUUUCCAAACAUAUUUUCUGUUCAGCCUGCAGGCCAGUAUUGCUCCUCUAUACUCCUCAGGUCUGUGAGCAGUAGAGCACCUGUUGGGAACUUAUCAGGGGCUUUUGUUAACCGACGAGAUACAAGAGCCGUUGAACAGACUUGUCACUUUUCGGUGAGUAAUUAGGCUAAGAGUACAUCUGAAGGCCACAGACCACACAAAGCAUGCAGGGGCCAUUUGAUUUAUCAGGCUCUUUUUGAUUAGCAGAGAUGCGUAUUGAUUAGGGCUGUGCUCAGUUUUUGCCGCCAUUAGUCUUGUAUCGUGAACAGGCUGGCGAACAGAAUUGCUUACUCUGAUUUCUUCCUCUUCCUACCUCUUUCCCCAUCUGGUCUCCUGCAUUCUGCCCAGUAAUGGAAACCCAGCCAAAGGAGCUCAUCUGCAACACACAGCAGGAUAAUAAAUAUAUUUAGUGUGAGGAGGGAGGGGUGGGGGGGUGGUGGUGUGAAGGAAUAAACGGCUGGCUGUGGGGUAGCAGUCUGAUGAAAUAUAGUGGGGGAGUACGGAAAGCCCUGCGUGACUCAAACCCGAGAAACUGGGGUGAAACCAGGGGGGGUGGACCUGUAGCCUCUUUGCACCUCUCCAUCUCCUUCUCCACCUAAUGGACAAGCUCUUUCAGGCUUCCUGCAGCGGUUUAACAUUGGAGUGGGCGGGUUUGCUUGGAUACAGGAGGACCACGGAUGGCUUUUUGUGGCAAUUUUCCACUUCCCUUUAAAAGCGAGGUUGAAUUCUCAGUUUGUACCUCUAAAUAAUUCAGAUUGCUUCAUUUAUUUUGAAUUCUCCUCACGUCGUUCCUCCCUUUUUCCUGACCCCACGUAUCCUCGCCAGGCUCGCGGCACUCAAAAUGCAUUCUCAUCAUCCAUAUAUGUAUAAAGGCUCAUCCAGAGAUUUUCUGUGCCAUGCUCCAGCUCUAGCAUUACCCAGAGAGCAUCGCAGUGAGAUGUGAAGGGAAUGCUGAGAUGUGUGGGGGGGAUGUUUUCUUUCUUUUCCUUUUUUUUUUGGGUCUGUGUCUACCUCACUCUCUGUGUCUGAGCACGCAGGGAGAAGCAGGAACGGGAGCAUCUGUGAUAUUUCCCACACAUCCCGGUUUUCCUUUGUCACCUGAAAUGAUAGGGUACUCACUGACACCGAGAAGAGGAACCGCGAACUCCCCGUGAGGAUUUAACGAGUGCUGGAAGGCAAACGAACAUGCCCCCUCCCACACAUGCUCAUGUGAACACCUCGGUUUAAGCAUCAGCCCACAAUUAUUAUCUCCACAGUGAACUCCCAGCCAGGCAGACGGCAUUGCUCAGUCACAGGGAGAAAAAUGAGUCUCUUAAAAGUGGUCACAGUUCAGUGGGAGGAAACGCUUGGAGAGGAAACCCAAAUCAACCAUGCCCCUGUGAGCAAAAGAAGGAAAGAGCCACAUUGAUUUUCGUUAUUAGUCUCGUUAGCCUCCUAUGCAGUGUCUUUGGAUAAUUAAUUGAAAAGCAAUUACAGCCAGUGUAGCUUUGUACAUUAUUAAAGAUAAUGUCAUCAGAAGGGCUGAAGCUGAGAUGGAGACUUUUUUAAAGCCUGUCAGCAUUAGGAUGUACCGUUAAUGCCUUUCUGUUGUUAUUGCGUGGCUCUCUGCCAGGGGAUGAAAGCCAUUGUAGUGUGUGUGCAGUUUAUUUACAUUACAGCCCAUACAAUACACGGAAAAAGCAGCUGGAUCAAGCAACUUCAUCUAAGUGAGUGAAUCUGGUGAUUUGUCUCACACACACGCACACUAAAGCAGAGUAUGGAGAGUAUGUGCACUUGGCUGGAAAAACCAUACUCCAUUUAUGGCUACACUACUUUAAAUUCUCUUUAAUUAUAGAUUAAAGUGUGACUGGGCUGCUGCUUGAAAUGUGUUCACUUUUUUCUCGUCUUGAAACACAAAGUGUCUCAGUGAGAAGAACCCUUUCCACUUUUGUCACUUGCUCGAGGACUUGCUGAGAUAGUUGAUGGAAGUUUCGAGGACAAAGUUCAAGAAUAAGAAGGUGGUGUAACGUGAUCUAAACCUAAACCAGAACCUUGGCGGAUAGGUGCUUUAAAACUAUAAACCUGUUAAAAUGUAACUCAGGAGGUGAAUGUAAAACUACUGCUUACGUUUGUUUUGUGAAGUUUGGACCGCAUUAUGUUUAUUGCUGGUCUGUAAGGUGCCGUUUUUAGGAACAACGAUCGUCCAGUGACCACAGACCUCUGUCAGCGUUGUGUGACUUGUUUAUACAUUUCCUGUUGUAAUGUCUGCAGCUUUUUCUGGUGGCGUCAACACUUUUUUUUCUGACCGUUUCUGCAGUUAAACAGUAGCCAAAGGCCACAGGUUCCCCUCUUGCAUGCAUUGUUUGAAUCCACAGUGUACAGAGGCAGAAACCUAUAAACAUGUCAGUCCCCAGAUUGAACAAAAGCUUCCUUUUUUGCAGCCACUUGUUUCCUUGUCACAAAAUGUCGAUGGUUUUUCGAUGCAACACAUUUCAAAAGCUGUCAGUGGGCUAUGGGCGUUGCAAGACUGGAAUAAAAAUCGUCAGUCUGUGGCUUUUUUUUUUUUUUUUUUUGAGGCAAUCAAAUGAUUGAGGAAGCUGUUCCCAGAACGAGAUCUAGAUGAGUUUCCCCGCCUCCCCCAUUGUCGAGGGACACAGCGUAAUGUAGGCCAGUACCAGCCCAUGGUACAGUACUCUCUGUGUCUCCUACAGCUGCAGGGAUGCUAGCUGAACAAUGGGCCUUUGCCUAUCCACAACAGCUCCUUAGGAUCAGCCCUCAGUUCAAGUUGGACCAUUAUUACGCUUUGGGGCCAUUCAUCACUGUGAGCAAACAGCACGGAGAGGAGGGAGAGUGGAUAUGGGGUUUGUAGACUGUGGUGUAGGCCAAGUGCUGAUGAGCCCAUGAUGGAGGUAACUUCUAUUAUGGCUUCACUAUUGGAGUAAUGGCUCUUGUUUACUUUUGACACCCAACCAAAAAACAGGAAGCUAACAGCAAUGUAUACUAACAUUUUACAGGUUUUUGUUAUUUAUCUAGGGUUAAAAGGAUGACGAGUUGAAAUAAAAACAGAAAAGUAGCAUGAAAUGCUAAGCUAUAUACUCCCAGGUCGAAGUGGGUGUGUAAAUAUUUCAAGUGAGGUUUUCUGAGGUAUGGAAGGAUUAGUUUGAUAAGUCUAACACUUGAGUAAAACAAAGAGUCUUUAUGUUGAAAUUAGACCAAUGACUGGUGUGAAAUAACUUCAUCAAGGACUCCUUGUUGCAGGAAAAAUGCACCAAAAGGUGAAUGCCUUUCAGAACUGCUGCGGUGACAAACUUUUAAUGCCGAUUUGAUGUUAAUGCGUCUCAGUGCUAUAUAUUCUUCAAAAGAUAACCCAGCUUUGGUGAAUUCUCUGCUGCCUCGGCAAUGAGCACUUGGAUGUAUAAUCAAAACUGAGGGAGUAACAAUUAUGAAGACAGAGUGAUCAUACUAGAAGAGGACAAGCAAGUGGGCCGACAAGGAAAGACAGAGAGAAUGAAAAAGCAGCGAGUGCCAGAUAGAGCACUGCAGUGACUAACAGCAUUGACUCACCAUGUGCAUCUUUCCCCUCGCAUUCAAACAUUCAUCACUCAGCGCUAUUCAGCCUGUCAUGGUACCAACUUUAUGUUGCAGUUAGCCUGUUUUUACCGUUGUCAUCAACAUUUCUCCAAGCUGUUUACUGGUUAAGCAUCUUGUUUUGGCGUUCUUUCUUUCCAGUACUCUUAGACAACAGUUUAAAGUGUUCAAACCGAGAUAUAUUACUCUUAAGUCAUACAUCUGCUUUUAGAGCUUUCUCCGUCGUGAGUGUUUAGAGGAAGAACUGCUAAUAGGGUGCUGCAGAUAAGGUUGACCUGUAGUCAAUCCACUUGCGCUGAGCUGAGAGCAACAUCAUAAAACCUGAUAGCAGAGAGAUAAGAUGCACUCAGAAGAGAUGUUAAGUUGCAGAAAAUGAUAAGGCACCGAGGCACUCUCACACACAGCCUACUCUCUUCAUGUAGAGCUGAAACUGAAUGAGUAAUUAGACAGUGUGUAGUUUGGAUCAUUUGUACCCAGAGAAUUACAUGAUAUGGAUACCGAGGUCAAACAAGAACACAGACUUAACAGCGGUUCUGUCGUCCUCGCUGUGCUGCAGAGUGUUAUUAGUACAUGUACAGGACAUAAAGAGGUACAAGCGCAGGUCCCUGCUCUCUCUUCUUCACACAGCUCCCUCACACCUCAUUAAAUGUGUUUAAGUAGACUUUCUUAGUGGAUUUUUUUAGAGCUUAAUAGCACAGCUCUUGCAUUCCUUACUGAAUGAGCUCGGUGUUUCUUUUUUGUCCUUUGAAUCCACGUUACGAAAUCACAAGAGAAGACUUAGAACAAAGCUAAACCACUACUUAGGGUGCCUUUUUUUAUGAUCGCUUCAGCAUCUCUCUAAGAAGAAGUCAAGGCAUCAAUCAUGCUUGACCACGGACUGUAGCAGAGUAAAUAAUCUUUGCUGUGUCAUCGCCUUGCGUUCUGUCAUCUGCCGGCUCCAUCUUUAGUCACUCUUUGCCUUGAAAUACUUGUCAGAUUAACUUGCGUAACAUCAAACACUCCUGGUCUGAAGAUACACAUGUAAGCCGUCAGAGCAGAGCUUCAGUGACACAAAGCUAAACAACUGAAAUGCCAGAAUUAAGACACACUUUGCUGUCCGAAGCAGACCUUUGAGCCAGAACCAUUUAUUGUAGGCUCUCUGGAAGACUUUGAGCUGUAAAUGCAGCACCACUGUAUCAAAUGUAAUCUUUAUUUACAGACGCCAUUAGAAUAUAGACCUUUAGGCUGUGGGCAUGGAUUUUAUGGGAAGUGCAAUGGCUCUUUUUCCACAGUAAGUUUGUUCGCCAAGUGGUAUUGACCAAUCAGGCAUUAUCAUCGCACAUUGGUGUGUGCAGGAUAAAGGGUCUGUAUUGAGAGCAAAAGCAGAAUGAACACAAUAUAACAAAAUAGGGUAUAUGACAACAAUCUGCUUCUAUUUAUGAACAAAUACAGCAUGUAAGUUUGGAUAAGGAUCCAUCCUGGAGUUCAAGUUUUAACUUGAGGUAGGGAUGUCCUGAUAAGAUAUUGAUUUUGGAUAUCGGACUGAUAUCAGCAAAAAUUGGCCUGCAUUUAAAAUCUCUUGUAUCAGCUCUUCGAUACAAGCAGUCCAUUCCAGACUCCACUCCAGCACCUCCAGCUAGCAGUGCCCGGAUCUAGCAUGCAGAGCCCACAUAAUCACAACAACAGUGUGUUCUAAGAUACUAACAAAGUGGCAAGGAGUAGGAGUGAUGUCGGCAAUGUGGCAGUAUUUUUUGUUAAAGUACGAAAAAGACGUUGCAGGUGAGUUCAGAACUUGUAAUUCACAAGUAUCGGCCAAUACUGAAGGCUACAAUAUUGGCGUCAUAUCGGAAGUAAAAAAGUUGAAUUGGGACACCCCUAACUUGAGGCACAAAUCGGCUCAACAUAGGGCCACAAAAACCAAUCAGGUUAUAGAUUUUUAAUUUUUUCUUCUAUGCAUCUGAUUCCUUUUCUUGGGAACAGAAAUAAGUCAGUGAAGCUUCUGUUUAACCUACUAUUUGCAUUUGUUUUGCAGAUGUUUGUUUAUGAGGAGGAUCAAACUUUACUUUGCUUUCAGUCUAAACAUCGUCCAUUUCUUAUGUUGCUAAUCAGACUGUAAAUGCUAGAGCACACAGAUGAAUACAUAAAGUAUUAAAGAAAUCUGUGUAAGAGGAUGUUACAAACCAUUUCUGUUAAGAUGAUAUGAAAUUAUAAGUUGGUUGAUGUUGUGAUGGAUUGUUCUGCGGUGUACAUGGUUGUGUAAUGUUCCUGUUUUGCUUACAGCAUAAGGAAAGUGACAAAGCAGGAUAGUCACUGAGUAGUGAGAUGCUGUGACAGGACGCAGUGUCAUAAGACCCGAGUCAUCAUUGAGAGUUUGGCAGCAGCUGAAUGCACUCUCACAGUCCUGCUGCUCUCAGUGAAGCACCUUUCACCCGUCCUGCCCUCAGCUCAUUUCUCAACGUGCGCGUAAUCCAAUUUAAAGCUAAAUGUAAUGCAAGGGUUCAAUUUUCUAUCGCACACCGUUUGUUUAUGUCUGAGCAAUUACGUCUCAGCUUAAUCAAGCUUUGGAUGUUUGCUGUAUUGAUCUCCAUUCAUGAGGGGAUGCUUUUUUACCAUUGUGGAUGAACUGACUGACUGGCAUUGAAGUGCUGGCCCUUGACUCUCAGCCGCUCUUACUUUACUUUCUCACAUCACUUGCAUCGAAUGGUGUUGUUUGACCUUUGACAACGAGGCAAAGAUAAUGCAAUCCGUUUUAUUUUUUCCUUACAGUAGCAUUUCCUGUGUGGCCUUUAGCUCACUGUAACUGCUCCAAAAAUGGAUGAUCUGACCCUCAUUAUAUUUCACUGUGAAUCCACUGCUAAAUCAAUGGCCAUUCAAUAGUUCUUUUCUUAUCUUUAGCACCCCAGGGCCGUGAGAACUUCCUUGUUUUUCUAUAAAAAUGGAUUUCCAUCCUGAGUGUGUUUGCGGGCCAACUUUUCCUUUUUAAAACCCUCCUUGAGACCGAGCCUUGCUGAUGUAGGUUUCUACAUCUACUUAAAAACUAUCAAGUAUUUAUUUGGUGGGCCAGCAACCUUGAAAGUGUGUGCAUUAGCAUUGCUCAUGUGCAUAAUCAAUCUUAAAGAGAUGGGCACAGGUAGAGGUUGGCACUGAAGGGGAAGCCUGUCAACUCUUCCAGUUGACUGUGUGACCUGUAAUAAUCCUGAAACCACAGCCCUUUGAAUGUCCUUUGACUCGGGGCUAAUUUGCUUUGUAAAUUCUUCCAUACUUUGCAGUUCAUGUUUUGUCUGCACAGCCCUUUGUACUCGAUUGCUUUUUUCUGCUCCUGCAACGUUUCUUAAUGUUAUAUUAGGUGUUCGCAGUAUUGCAGAUCUGCAGUGUUGAUAUUAAAUCCGUAGAUUGCACGGAGGGAGUAUAGCUGCCAGCAACACUGCAUCUGAUUCAAAUAAAUGAACGAGCUGGUCUGUGGGGCUGUUUUUGGCUUACUGCUCUUCCGGAGGGCUUGCUGUUGUUGUUGUUUGAUAUUGAAAACCUGGAUAUGCUUGUGUCCUUGGAUCCUGUUAUACUUCCUUGCUCUCACACUCUUUCUUCCUCCCACUCUCUCUCUCUCUCUAUCUUCUUCUGGCAGCCAGGUCUGUUCAGUCCUGCUGAAGGAAUGUCAGUGUGUGUCGAGUGGGUAGGAGAUGGUAGAUUUGACAGACAUACUGAGGUGCGAACAGUGCUGCUCAUGCAUAAGGCAUCCUCAGGUGGACUGAGCCGAUGUCAACAAUGUAAAACAUUCAAAAAUUAGGAUGAAGAUUUGGCUUUUAGGUUGUUAUUUGACCAUUAAUGAGAAGCAAGUGGUUGUGUGUUGCUGGAGUUAUGUAAGCAGUGCAAUGUCCCCACAUGCAUAAAUUAGAUUUCCAAGUAUUCGAGGCCAUUCUUUGAUCUAACCCUCUCAUCAGCAGCAGACUUUGGGCUACUCCCUGUCCAGGUGGUCGUGAUUCACUCGACCCCUGGCGCUUGUCCAGUAUCAGAUGUUCAUGGUAAUUUGUCUCCCAGCCCACAUGCGGCUGGCCUUUGUAUGUUGGAGAAAACAGACCUCCUGCUAGCAAAACUUUAAUAAUUUACAAAUGCGGUAAUAGUUGCACAACAUGGUCUUGAGCUGAAAGCACCAGUUCUUUUUCAGUUUGGUGGGCUGGGUGCGCUGUUGGAUCGUGUUUUUGACUGAGGAGAAAAUAAGGGAUGGUAUAAAGCAAACAAGCUCAUUAGGCAGACAUCAAAAGAUUCAGUUUGUCACUAUAUAAGGGGACAGUCUUACAGUCCUACAGGAAAAGGAACAUGAUUGAGUGCAAGACAAAUAGAGUGAAAGGAAAAUUGGUGCGGUGGUCCUGACCAAUCCAGUGUUCUACCUCGGGUGUUAUCAUACUCCUUCAGCCUUUUGAGGAUGUUCACUCAUACGGUCAUCACUUAAGCUUUUUAGAUUUAUUAAUCAUAAAAACUUUGAGUCAGUAUUAGAUUAGUCAGCCAGAGAAUAGACAGAGAACAUAGAGUGGGAUGACAUGCAGUGAAUCCUGGUGGACUCAGUCCUGUGAUAGGUGUAACGUGUUUAGUAGGGCAGGGAGAAUAAAUCUAUUCACAUAAGUAUCACGAUUAUUUGUUUUACAAUUUUCUAAUUGAUUUUUUUUGUUCACAAAUCAAUUUUUUUUUCAUAUUUAAGAAUAAAUCUAAAACUCCCCUUUUCAUUGGCUAUUUGUAUUGUCUACCAAAACAUGGCAGAAUGCAGGCUAUCGAAAAGGAUAUUGACAAUAUUUCAUAUCGAUAUUAAGAGAAAUUAAUUUUUGAUAUAUACCAUUAUCGUUUUAUCGCCUAGCCCUAGCAAGAAUUUUCUGCACAAUCUUAGUAGAUGUAUAAAAAACUACAAUACAACAUUUCCUGAAGUUUUGUAGCUGCGUUGGCUUCAAUGUAUAAUUUGCAUCAGAACUUUUAUAAGAGAAAGCUGGAACCUGAGAUAAUAUUGCACUGUACACAGAACAGCCUGUUUGUAGACAGACAUCACUCUGCCACCCUACAAACAUUUCAGUGAAUGUAAUUUUUGAACGUCUGAUAUUGAAAGCAAACAAACACAGAGAGAAGGUGAGCAGAAAACAAAAACAAAACUCUGACUUUAUUUGGUCCUUCUCAAGAUACAGUAACUCCUUCAAUUAUUAACAACACCAGAUGGGAAUCUCAUCAACCCUGGUACAUUGUUGAAAAAUUCAUAGAGCAGAGGGAUAAAGUCAGGAAAAUGUCACAAAUAUCGGAUACUUUCAGUGUGGAUAGCACAUGUUUGUGCUGCAGCUGCAGAGUUUAGGAACAGCAGAGAGAGCCAGAAGUUCGAAGCUGUAAGGAAGAAGGUGAUCAGGUCAAGUGACAAACAUUUUGAAUCAGGUUACAAUACUAAUAGAUGUCUAAAUGCAGAUUAGAAGACUGGUCUAAAAUCAGGCUACCACAGGUCUAAAAAUGAACGCUUUCAGACAUCUUAAAUUUAGACCAGGUUUCGACUAAAUCUAAAUCUGGGCUAUAUCUAAACUACACUGUAUACUGCUAUCAUAAAUAUUUUGGUUAAGUACUUGGAGAUCAGUUAUGCAACUCGCAGUUGCUUUUUGGAAAAUAAAUAAUUAUCGUAUAAUGGGUUAAAGUGCAACGUCUUAAUUCCAUCUAAAAAUAUACAGAAUCUAGACGGUUGAAAUUAGGUCUAAAAAAAACUAGACGUCUAAUAGCUGUAUGUUGCUCAGUGGGAUGGUCUGAAAACUAAAUAUUCAAAUCUUCAUUAUGUGCAAAUGGAUAUUUAAGGCACAUAAAAACAGGAAAACACCUCUUAAUAAUCAAACAUUGAAGUCAGAUCAUUUUAAACCUGCGUGUUUGUUGAAUAGCUGAGUAAUAGUUACCAGUCGACAGCUCUCCACUCAAAUAUGUGGAGUGUGUUUACAGACUUUCUGUUAGUUUACCCUUGGAAGAGGAAAGAAAAACUGUCCUCCAUGGUGAGAUAAGAGGCAUACUUGAGGAUAUGAAGAGAGAGAAAGUGAAGGUAAACAUGGGUGCAGCAGCUUUGGCUGAUCCAGCAUGCUGGCUGGCUCUGUUGCUAUCGUGAUCAUGCAGCCCCUGCUCGUGGCUGUCCACCCAAAGCGAAAGUCAGGGCGAAAAACUGAGGCCAGCGAAUGAACAGUGUGGCCAAGAUGGGGACAAAAAGAGAUGUGUCACUAAUACACAUGGUUAGGAUUCAUUUCUGAUCCAGGAUAUCUCUGAGGUUUCAUGCAAUUAAACAAACGUGUCUGAGCUUGGGUUUCGCUAUUGCACUUAUUAGACAGACUCGGCAUUGUUAGAACAUGACUGAUCCACUUUAAAUCCUCUUACUUAACCAUUGUUAUUCUAAAACUGUAACAAUGCUGCUUCAUAAUCUUUUGUAGGACUAUAUAAUUAAAACUCUCACAAGCCUUCAAAGAAUGUUAAUGAAUAAAUGUUUCCACUUCCUCCAGUGAAUAAGUGAUGUGUAGUAACAGCCUUAGGUUACUUGCCCUGCAGAAGAAUGAACCCAAUCACUUACACACAUGGAGGGAAAAACGAGUUUUAAUUUGUGAAUUUCUAUUUAGGUUCAUCAUUUAUUUUGUUGUCUAUGAGAUAAACACAAGAGGAGUGUAAUAGACAGUGAAAACACUACUCUACCUGCCCGCCUCACUCACCUUCCUUUUAUGGAAGAGGAAUGUCCUGGCCCCCUAAUAUCUAAGGCGUGUGUGCACAUGUCUGUGUCUUUCUGUGUGUGCGCAUUUCAUAUCACCCUGCCAUCUGCAUCGCGACAAGACAGCUCAACCCAUAAAUCUGAGCGCAGCAUUUUUUCUCUUGGCUGCCUGCAUUUAUUACUCGUUUAUCAUCGAUGAGUGACCACCUCUGGGAGAAAGAAAUGAAGUUAUAGCCCCUCUCGCAAUCACCAUUUUGGCCCGCUGACCCGCGUCAUACUUUCCUUCUCUCCUCUCUCGCAGGUAUUGGCCGGUGCUCAACUGUUUCCAGCAGAGUGUUCCCCCCAAGUCUUUUUAAUUUUCUGCACUCCAAAAGAAAUGCUAAUCUCUUAAUUCUUGACCUGUGGGUGGACUUAAGGCAUCAUCACGCUGUAAAAUGUUUUAUGGCCUUCACAAAUCCUCGGUGAUUAUUGUGGAUUUUGCUGCAGGCUGAAAUAACAACGAACCAUAAAGCAAUUCAUGUGUUUUUAUUGAUUAGUUCAGUGUCUCACAUGCUGUCUUCAAGGGAACAAUUAAAGCCUUUCCUUUUAAAUUAUUCCUGUUGUUUUAUUGGCAUGAAAUUUUCGCCGCCUGAUGAGAAGUAAUCAAGAGUUUCUAACAUGUCCUCCCUUGUUUUUCUCUUUUGAUCCUCACCUCCCUCCUCCGCUGCCUCCUCCUCCUCCUUCUCCAGCUUGGCGGUGAUGAGAGAAGAGUGGACAGUCGGACUAUCUACGUUGGCCAUCGGUCAUGUUCAACCACUGAGGCUUUCAUCCCACCCAAGUUCUGUGAUAACAGGAUUGUGUCCUCUAAGGUAAAAAAAAAAGGCACUCACACACACUCGUAUCCCAACACUCCAGUCAUGCCCUUACACUGAGAUGAAAUUCAUACACCUCUCAGUUUGUUUCUCAACUCCUCUGCAUAUUAGGCUCCAGCUGCCCUCAGGAAUUUUUCAUCUCUUAUCUAACGCUUGGAAGGCGAAAUGAACUCUUGAAUAGUCCUGAGCAUUCCUGUGUCUUUCCUGCCUCUAUUCCUCCUCCCACUGCUGCUCCGCAUGCUCAUCCCCGCUCCCUACGGUAGGAGAUUAUUUGUCUGUCAGGGGAGCAGCGGCUGUGGCAGUGAAAUACAUGGCUGCUAUUAAUGUACUAGCAGGGUGGGCAUUUCGGUUGUCUCCCCAUGGGCUCUGAUGGACCUCCCUCCCCCUUUUCCCACUAAAUCUCAACAGUCAGUCCUUUGUCAGCGACAUGCUCAGAUAGGUUAGCGUAAGGAUAUGGAGGGUGAUAUGGGGGGAAGGAAGUAGGAAGUGCAGUGUGUGAGAGUGAGACGGGAGCGGGAUUUAUAGUGGUGCAGAGGGUCCCAGUGAGGAUGGGCCAAUCAAUCGGCUCUUGCCAGUAUGUCAGGGUAAACAGCCUUUAAUUACCCCGGCUGUAGUGUUUAUGCUCCUCUAUGCCUCCGCUCUCCAUCAUCCUGUUGCUUUUGCACUCUGCAAUGACCAAUCUCCGCCUCUCCUCCUUUCACUCUCAUUGCUGCUGCACCAACGCCACGCGCCGCUCAGCUACCCUUGCUCCUGCCGCCCCCCCCUUUUCUCAUUACUUUUACUCUCUUUUCUCCCUAGCAAAAUGAGAUGGGCCUUUCUGCUGCUGCUGCAUUUCAACACUAUCCCCAUGCAGACAUUCCCCCUUCAUAAACACUGCUUUAUUGCCAUUUCUUAGCGAUUUCCCUGUGUAUGCGCAUUUGUGGUUUUUCACUGAGAUACUUUGUAGUGUGACACAAAGUUACCAGCGAUGUAUUGUCUGAGCAGAUUAAAGUGCUGGAUGAUAUCAGCAGUCAUGGCCACUGAAAAAAAAAGAAGAAAACACACAGGAACAGUCACCAGCCUGAUAAGUUCAUCGGCUCAGUGUUCAAAGGUAGCCAAAUUAGGGAGAUAAAUCACUAAUCACAAUCAAUGGACUACCUGUGGUACCCCAAAGGCUGUCUCCUGAGGCGAAACAAAAAAACAGAGACUCUGAGCUAUUGAAGUUGCCCCUCCCCCGUCAAUUUAGACCGAAUUCACACAUGCAAGAGUGUGUGAAUAUUGAACGCCUCUAUUUCUCUUCCUCCUUGUCAGGCUGUUCUUUAACUUUCCAAAUUCUAAGUAGACAAACAUUAUCACUGACUAGGAAAAGAACACAGAAAAGAGCAGUUCAAAGCAGCCUUCAGAAGCUGUAAUAAGUAUGUCAUCGAACUCGGAUUCACAUGAAUGUUUUUCUUCUUUUCUUCACAGUAUACCGUGUGGAACUUUCUACCAAAGAACCUGUUUGAACAGUUUAGGAGAAUCGCCAAUUUUUACUUCCUUAUCAUCUUCCUGGUGCAGGUAAGGACACGUAUUGUCUGUGCUCCAGCCCAAACAAAGAUUCGAGUUUUCAUUGCUUCCCUAUAUUGUUAAAUAAUGACUUUAUGGGUGCUGUUUUUCCGUUCUGGUUGAAUUGAUUUGAAACAAAGCCCAUGUGUGCAUGUCUAAUGCAUUAUCCGACAACAGUACGGGGCAUGUUCAGUGCAGUAGAUGAUCUUUUUUACAACCUGUGAAAACAUCUCUCACAUGAGAAAGAGUGUGAGUGAGAGCCUAUUUGCAUGUUGUGAGGGUGGGUGUGAAACAGUCACCACAGCGUGUUUGUGAUCAUAGCAGGUUUUUCUGCAGCUCCCUUUAACCUCGGACAGCAUGUGUAGGUGUGUGUGUUUAUUCUAAUUCUUUUAGAGAUAAUGGACUCAGAACAGACAGAUAGUUUUAAACUCUGUAGUUUUGCUCGCUACCUUUUUACUGUGUACAUGUGUUGACAUUUUUAUGUCAUAUUCAUCGUUGUUUUUUAAAGCUUUGGGGAGUAAUAGUUAAACCAAAGGGAAGCGAAUCAUUCAAACUUCAUAUUUAGGUAUGAAUAUUUGCUUUCAUUGAAGUUGCACUCUAACAGAACAUUUUCUUAAUUUUCCCAAGGUGAGACAUUAAAUCAAGUCAUCUGGCCUAUAUUGCAUCAAGAGCAUUCAUAGAUUUCAGUUUACAUACAGUGAUACAAAGGUCAAUCUGUCCGUAUCCACUUAAAUAACAGUCUGGCAGUAUGAAGUUCACCUCGUUCAACCGUUAAGUGUUUUAUCACAGAGUUGUCAGAACAUGUGCAACCCAAUUAAUGGAUUUUAUUACAGGCUAUUAGAAACUACUCAGGGGCAUGUAGAUAUCCUUUAUCGGGCUCGUUUCUGUGGAAUUACUUCAGAAUAAGGUCACAAAGUUCAAAAGAUGAAUCAAUAUGAAACUUUGUUUCCACACCAACCCGUCCCUGUAAGAAAUAACAGGAUAUUACCAAAGAUUUAGCAUAACAGAAGUCAAACGUGUUUGUUUAGCAUAUCCUAUUGUAGCAUCAGUGCCUUAGAGCACCGUUUAGUCCAAGACUAAUUUCCCAUUGUAGCAAUAAAGCCUAUCUUAUCUUAUGUUAUCUAUAAAGAAAUAGAUCAUUUCACCAGAUAGUGUUUUUUUUGCCCUAUCCUCUUAAGUGCAAACUGUCAGCUGGCCAAGACUGCUGAGUGUAAUACAUUGACUGGCAUCCUUAUUCCCCUGCUCUGUGCUCUCAAGUGACCUCUCCUCUCCUCUCCUUUCCCUUUCUCUCCUCUCCUCUCCUCUCCUCUCCUCUCCUCUCCUCUCCUCUCCUCUCCUUCCCCUUUCCCUUUCCCUUUCUCUCCUCUCCUCUCCUCUCCUCUAUCUCUUAUUUUUUGUUUGCCGUUUUCCUAUCCAUAACGAUAGAAACUGAUGCCCCUGUUUUUAGCAUAACCUAAACCAUGGUUUCAAACAGUCCUCUAGUGUAAACAGGUGCGUGUGAUGAGCCUGCUGCUCAGGAGGGAUGUGCUCUCUGUUGUCAUAUACAGACCAAAUGAGCUUACAUAGUGACUGCUCCCAGAAGCCCAGCACUUUACUCAACUGAGAAACAUCACUGUGCUGCUGCCGCCACACACUAAUGCCAUAAUUCUUGAGUCAAUGGCAGCUCUAUCCCUGUGUUUACAUUCCCUAUCUGACCCUUGUUUCUACCCGUAUUUUCAGUUCACAUUUCAACCUUUUCACUCCAGUCAGUCUGUUUCAGCUUCAUCCUCUCCCCAGUUAGUAAAAAAAGGUUCUGGAUCAUGAAGAGUUUGGAUCUAAUGUGUGAAAUUAUUGUGAACUAAUGCAGGAGCAAAACGUCAAGCAUGUUUGCAUCAUGCACACAAACAUGCAAGGAUUAUCAGUCUGUGUGUGAUGAGGGCAGCGUUGAAUGUUUGUUGGUGUAUGAGCACAUUGUAUGUCUGUGUAUGUGCCUGUUUGUGUGUGUGUGUGAGGCAUGACUCAGUGGGUGUCCUGGGUUUGCUGACGGUGUUUACCCUCGCUGCAGCGUGGUUGGCGUUUCUCCACUAAUCCAGCCUCUCUUGAGGGGGCUCCUUAUCCUAACCACUCAGUUUUUCCCAUGCAGCCUGCUAUUAUAUCACAGAGAGGGGAUGAGAGAGAAACAGGUACACAGGCUCUUUGCGCUCUUUUUUUUUUUUCAUUAUGUCUUUGAAUUUGACAGAAAUGAACCUUUUCACUUCCCCUGAAAGGUUUCAUGCAAAUACUCAACCAACGACCAAAUGCCGUGCAACCUACAACUCUUUCCCACCCUUCUUUUGUCUCUCCCUUUUGUCAUUUGGUCUCUUUUUUUCCCCAUCUUUCUCCCCCUCUCUCUCCCACAUUCCACCCAUCUCUCUGCAGCGCUGCACUGCUGACGUCAGCAGCAGGAAGCCCUCUGUACUUCUGAGAGCCACAAAUAGACACAGGCUGAUAAAAAAGCACCACUCGGCUAUAAAUAGCUCUGCAUGUCUUUGCUCGAAUUUGAUCGAACUGGAAUAGAGAGGGGCGAGAGAGUGAGAGAAACAGCGAUGAGAGGGGAAGGAGGAAAAGAGAGAGAGAAGGAGAGGGUGAAAGGGUGGGAGGACACGAGAGGCCCACAGCACUGCUCUGGGACCCCGGGAACCUGCUGUCUGUCGCUCACUCUGACACACUUCCCCGGCACAGAUGAAGGGCUUUGUGCUGCUCUGUUCUGCAGCUCUCAUAUCGCACCAACACAUCAGCAGCGGCAAACACUCUUCACUCAUAUCUCUCAGGUUUUUUGGCUUUGCAUUUGGUGCAGAGGAGGAAAGGUAUCUGGCCAUCUGGAAGUUGAGGAGGGAUUGUUUUGAAUCAGGGCAGAUAAACUGUGUAAGUCGAGCUCUGGGGGAAUUAUGUGUUGUUUGGCUCCCGUACAGUAGAGGAAGGUUUCUGGCGGUUUUAGUGCUCUUUAAAGUUUGCUUUUGCAGCGUUUUUCUAUCGGGCAGUUUGAACCCUUAUCCUACUCUGAAAUGAGGUCUGUCCUUGAUGCUGUGAAGCUUGAGUCAUCCUGUAUCACUCGCUUUUGUAGUGUGACAUGAUGAAAGAAAGCAUUUUUAUAGUAUCACUGAUGACCACUAAAAAAAGACACUAAAUUGAUCUGUCUCUUUUUAUAGUCCUUCAUUGAACAAUUCCCAUCAACACCCUCAAAGAGGAGCCAAAGAAAUCACAAUCAAACAACAUUUGAGCUGAAAGUCUUUGUGAGGCGUUCUCUGUGUACUGCAGUCACACUUUUUCAAGUCUGGCCAUCUGGCUGCUGCAUCAGAGGGACAUCAUGUCCUCAAUUGCUCCUGUAGUUGCUUUUUUUACUCCCUGUGAUCAGCCAAUCUUCAAUCUAGACAUGUGGAAAGAUGUAUUGACCUGUUAUGGGCAAAAAUGAAAUGCUCAAUCACUAUCACCAUUUACUGUCAAGAACGUGUGGGACAUAAAGUACGGAUGUGUCAGUACUUUAACAUAUUGAAUUAAGCUUACAUGAGGGUCGUCUCCUUCUCCCUCUCAAUCAGUGUUAAUUUAGUUAAAGUGAAUUAUGAUGAAAGAUGUUCAGCAAUGACCUUCUUUUCUAUGAUGGAAACGAGAUGAGGCUGAGCUGGAAUACAUUUGAUCAUAAUAAAAACUCAGACGAACAGAUGUUUGGUCUUAACAUAAUGUUGACAAGCCAAAAACGUUUUCGGUAGACCAUUGGACGUAGGGCUGGGUGAUAUGGCCAUCAUCAAUAUCACAAUCAAUAUCACAAUACAUUGAGCAGUUCACCCUGAUAACGAUAAAUGGACGUCAGCUCCAGCCACUACAACUUUUGAACCGUCCUCCAUCUCCCCACCUGUCUUUCGCGGGUGGAGUCACGUCUCCGAAGUAGGACAGUGUCUUAAAGGGACAUGAGACCAUAGCCUACCUACACAAAUCCAAAACCAACUUUUAUUUAAUUAUUUUUUCGACACCCAAUAUAUUGACAUGGGCAAAGUGACGUCGACUAUUUUCGUAGAUUUUGGUAUCUGUAAAUUUUUGGUUUAUCGCCCAGCCCUAAUUGGACGUUAAAAUCUAUCCUAUUUUCUCAUCUAAUCCGUCACUCUAAAUACAAGCACUGCAUUCCUGUGACAGGACGAGCAAAAACCUUUAGAAAUGUGCGAAGAUUGUGCAGUUGUGAAUCCAAAUCGAAAGUUAUUUACUGACUCUUCUUCAGUGUAUUUUUUACACAUAUAGGGUUGCUCUCUAUGAUCAUGAAUCUCCACUCCUACUCUGCAGGUAACAGACUUCAUAGACAACAUUAUGAAAGAGAGAAAGAGCUUAUACCUUUUCAGAAUACGCUAUUACAAAAAUACCUAUUAGAUAUUGGUAGCUCUAGCUGUUCUAACUUAUGUAUUUCAUUGCUAUAAUGUAUAAGUAUCCUUUGUGUUCUUUCAAAAUCACAGCAUUUUUCUCAUCAAAACCAUAGACUGUUUCAAAACAUGGACAGCAGAACAGCUACUGGCUGCAGCAGAAGCCAUACAGCCCACCUCCUCCUUUAUAACAAAUGGGGCAUGGGUCAAACUACACGUCAUGUCAAAUACAUUUUUAUCAGUCAUGUUUUCUGCCAUGAUGGUUCUUGUCAUGCUGAUUCAUGUGAAUGUGUUUAGAGAAGUGUGGUUCUGCAAUCAUCAGCUCAGUGUGUCAGGGCCAUAGACGGUAUAUAGUAUAGACAACGUGGCUCAACCUUCCGUCAUUGUAUGAAUUUGAAGCUAAAUUGCUCUCGGUAUUUCCGGGAUUUUCUCCAUUUCCUGAAAUCUGCAGGAGUACAAAUGUGCGAGCAUCACAAAUAACUGUCUCAAGAUGCAACAUCUUGCCUUCUAACAUCUUAGUAAAUGGAGGGAAAUCGUGUUCUGAACCCAGCUGGAUGAAUCGUAUGAUUUGAGUGUAUCGCUACAUGUCUAACUUUGAGGAUUUGGUCGGUCAUACAGUAAUGGCUCAGCAGAACCAGGUUUAAUAGAUAUUUCCUCAAGAGAGACCCUCUUCCAGGUGCACAUGUAGUGAUGCGCCAUAUGUAUGGGUCUUUAACACAGAGCACCAUUUGUUAUCCACAUGUGCACACACUUUUCCUUUCCUCCGGCUGUCAACACCUGAGGCUGCUGCAGCAGAAUUAUUACUCUCUGCUAGAAUCGCCAACCACUACAGAUAUAAUGCAGACUCUCUGAAUCUACACUCCUCCAAACAGUCGAGGUGCAAAAGUCCAUUUCUGCUGGAUAAUUGAUUCCUCCUCUGGUAAAUUGUAAUCACAGUAAAGCUUGGGGGAGCUACCUCUUCACAGCUGAUGUACUUAAUUUGAGUGUGUGUCUGCAUGCAGGUGUAAGAUGAAGUCUGUGAGGGUUCAGAAUGUGACUGCAUGUUCAGGUCUGUUCGUGAUUACGUGGUGCUCCAGGUUUGUUUUUGUUCUCAACUCAAACUCAAGUGAAUAAAAACACAGGAGGCUGCUUCAAAACGCAUCUCCUGCUCUUCCCUGAGCUGAUGUCUGUCUGACAGCGUGUAAUGCUCCUGGUCGGAAUACCAACAACAAGCUGGAUAUGUCGUGCCUGUGCGAGCCUGAACACGCACGGUGGGGGACCAGUCUGCUUUCUGCAGGAUCAGAAAUGCCAGAGUAAAUCCACCUCAUGAUGGUUUUAAGAAACACACAAACACACAAGGGCAUUUUUAUACUGAGGUUUAGCUCCGGCCUUGGUCAGGUGCUGCCUCUAAGCUGGUUGUUAGGGAUUACCCGAUCACUAGGCCCACUCUUAAUUCUUGUUAAGGUACACUGUGCCUGGGUUGUAUUUUGUCAGUCAAACUAAAUUUGGUGAUCAACGUUAAGCUUUCACUAUUUUUACCCUUUUUUUUAGUCUAGCACAACAUCUAAUCAUCUUACAAAGGUUUUUUUUGCUGUAUGACUCAUGCUUAAUGGAGUCUGCAUUAAAACAUUAGCUGUCUACUUUUUGAGUGUUUUUCACUGUCAUGUUAAAAGUUUUUAAAAGAGGUUGGUGAAUUUAUUGGACUAGUGAGCUAAAUUUAGCUCUCAGCUCUGGAAACCAAAGAGUGUUAGGGAAGCACAGAUUUUUACAGUGGAAGAGUAUCCCUUUGUUUUCUGACUUUUAAUUAUCUUUAAAAGAUGGGCUCUCUGCUGCACUUCAGAAAUCUUCACCUUGACGCUGAGCACCCUAAAAAAGGCGAACAGCAGCUCAGUUCUUGGCAUCCUUAUAUCAGCCGAGAACUCUUGUACAAAUUGAUUACGUUUUAUUGUUUUUCCAGAUUAAACACAGUGUGAGUGAUUUUUUUCCACUUUUUUAGUCAACUGAAUAAUUAAAAAUCCUCUCCCCUGCCUCUUUGCACUAAAAUUACAAGUUGGUUAACUUAUAAAUCAACUCCAAAGAUCAAUGUGUUGGUCAUAUGUGCGUCCAAGCUGUAUCACAGCAACCUAGCACCACCUGGGGCUGUAGCUCUUGUGAACAGCUGCUGCCAUUCUGUGAAAAUGCUCAACUACUCGGAUUAAACAAGCAAAAAGGAAAUCUAGUAGUGCAGUUUGGGAGUAUUUUAAAAAUAGAAAAUCAGGGUUCCUACACAGUUGGAAUCUCCAUACUUUUCCAUACCCUACUUUUUCGAAUUAUUUUUGGACAUACCUACUUUUCUAUUUGAAAAACAGUAUUUUAGAACUGUGGUAAUCGUCUAGAAACAUAAAUAUUUUUCCAUAAUUUAUUUUCAUUUUCCAUACUUUUUAAGAUCUGGAAAUUGAUCAAAUUUAUUUUCAUACUUUUCCAUACUUUUGUAGGAACCCUGGAAAAUGGAGAUAAAGUUGUAUGUAGGCUGUAUGUAAUUAAAUAGGCAUCCAACUACUUUGAUUUAAGCAAUGUGUAACCAACGCAGCCAUGUGAACAGUAACCUGAAAAGAGUACCUUAGGCUGAUGGUGCUAAUAUUGCUAAUGUUAGCUAAAAAAAGAAAAGGAAAUAGGAUGUUAAAUACAUGCUACUGAAUUUCAACUGUUACUGAGUGUGUUCUUACCCUGAGACUCUAAAUCUAAUUUGAAUGACAAGGAAAUGAGAAUAUCCUGUAAUGAUGAACAUUAAAGGGCUAUUUUGUGAAGUUUUCAUGCUGUUCCUCCUGCAUUAUUCUGCACAGAACACUGCAAAAUAUCAACAGCGCACACAAAGCCAGUUACCUUAACCUGUUUUAGACUGAUGAUUUUGAUAGUCCAGUUUAAGGAGGCUGUCUUAAAACUGGUCAUAAAAAUAUGUGACAUACAACCUAGCUUGAAUCACACAGCUCACUCAGGUAAGGUUGGUUCAGCAAAGCUUUAUGUUGGCACUCUCCCAUGCCUUGGCAGAGACACAGAAAUGCUGGCAUGCCCGAAGCUUAAGCACUCUGUCCCUUACCCACUUGAUUAAAAGUUCUGUGGUCCAGAACCUCAUUGGCUCCCUCUGCAAAAUAUAAUGUCUCCCCUGUGUUUCCUGCUGAUGAAAAAAGGGGGUGGAUAGUAAAAAUGCCUAAAAGAAAGCGACUACACCCAGUAUUUAGAGGGCAUGCCUCAUCUUUUAAACUCCACCACUAGCUCCUCCCUCUAUGACCACAAACAUGUGCUGCAGUACACAAUGCCUUUUAGUUUAGUUUCAAGGUCAUGUGUUUAUUUAAGAGUAUUUCUUUCUGUCCCAACAAGGUGAUAGUGGACACCCCCACCAGCCCAGUCACCAGUGGCCUACCCUUAUUCUUUGUGAUCACAGUAACGGCUAUCAAGCAGGUAAGACGUCACUGGAUGUUGUUGAUGAAUGUUGAUAAUAUCCAUCUCUUUGUGCUUUCUAUCCCUCAUGUUUCUUCUUGUUGUCUCCCUGCAUUAUAUCCUCCCUCCAUCUCUUUGAGACAUAAUAAGUCCUCCCGACUCUUUCAGUCCCUCGCAGUGAUUUUUGUAUAAAGUACGUGACUGCUGCUUUCUCAAGUUUUGAAUAAAUGUUCCUCAGUGGUGAAUUCUGAAUGGGGAAAUGGAGACGAGAUAGGCUCUGGGGAAAUGUGAAAAAAGUGGGGAUGGGGAGAGAGAGUCUAUUACAGAGAUACAAAUUAUCCAGCAGAGAGCCGUUUUCUUUGAAUCUGUUACUGCUACGCCUCAGCUUUAGAUGUAUUGUUUUAGGAUUGGCUUUUUUAGUUAGACGACUGCUGGGGCUUUGAAACACACAAUAGUGGGUGGACUUCCUUGUGGAAAUAUGUGGGGUGCACUGAUAGUGCUGGCCUGCCUUCAGACAGACUUUAAAGUGGUGGGACUCCAAGGCGAUCCACCUGACUCCAUUAGUCAGGCUGAGGUGAACUGUACACUUCGACUGACCAUCCGUGGAAUGCCUCCCCUGCUUUCCUCCCCCUUUCAACCACCUGCCAUCAAUGCUCUGCAUCUCUCAGUCGACCUUCUCUGUCCUCCUGUCACCUUCUCUGGUUAUUCCACAUUUUGGCUCUAACUUCCUCUUGGCACACGCUGUGGUUUACUUCUCUAGUAACCUCAGCAUCUCCUUAAUCUCCAUCACUGUCUUGAAGUACUUAAGAAGUCCACACCAAGCUCUGUGCCUUAUGUUGCUGCUCCGGCAGCCCCGGAAAUUAUGAUUAUCCCUGACUCAGUAUUACUUCACAAUAUACUUUUGCAGUUCAAUGCAGUGACUAUCCAAUCCUGCUGCUAUAGACACUUUUUUUUACAUAGUAAUGCAAAAUCUAUGGAUCUCAAUAUGGGACAACCCUGAUUAUUCGACGUUCCCCUUUUCAAAGACCAACCCACUUUUGGACUUUGGACUUUAUGGCAUUUCUUUUUUGGGUGUUGGAUUGUUCUUUAAAUACCUCUGCUACAUUGACAACUGUUUUCAUAGUAAAGGCAUCCUAACUCUGUCUCAGUCGUCAUGUAACUUGUCCUACUUUUGUGCUACUUUGUUCUGGCCACCUUGUCAUUUUUUAUCCCCUUGGUGCCGUAGCAGUGAUUGACAGCUUGCCUCAGUCACAAGGGAAACACUCGCUUUGCAGAGUGGCAAUGUCCACUGUUUUGAUGGAUAUUGACAUUUAAUCACAAAACCCUGAAUUUAAGAUGUUUCCACUUCCUCCAAAUAUAUCUUGUGAAAAAAUCUCAUAAUAUCUUGUGGGUUAUGAUACCGUAAAAAACAUUUUUUUGCAUUUUUCUAAUACUAGGCAAAUAAUCUAAAACUGAAUCUGAUAUUUUGCUGUAGGGCUAUGAGGACUGGCUACGGCACAAAGCUGACAAUGAGGUGAAUAAGUACCCAGUGACAGUGCUGGAGGACGGCCGGAGGAUACGGAAGGAGAGUGAGAAGAUCAAGGUACCUUUUAUAUUUCCUUGGAGACUUGUCCAAAGAGAAGCUCCUGGCAGCUUGACAUGACAGUGUUUGCUAUAAAUUCUCAUGGGGGAACAUGCUCUGCUGAACUGAUUACAUUUUCAAACAUAGCUUUGGUGGUAAUUAUGUAUUCAGGGUGAGUUGUGCAGGCAUUUCUCCAAUGCAUUCUUAUCUGAUUGUGGUAUGUGACAGUAUUUUCAAAGAUUUGUGGGCAGAACAUGCAUGAAAUACUCUAACAGAAUAGUAAUGAUAUUACUUCUGGUCAUAUCAGAGGGGCUACUAGUGCAGCUGACACCACAGAGAAACCGUAUCCAGCUGUCAUAACCAAAGUGUUGUCACUCUGUGGAAGCCUUUUGACAGCUGCAUCCUACGCAGGAGCUCACACAACUGUAGGCCACCUCCUGUUGCUAAAAGGACAAGAGCUCAAGUAAACAUUUAGUUAAACACAGAGCGCCAAGUUUUUUGUGUCUGUGGACCAAAUUGGAGCCAAAAGCUGGGGGUUUAUUGACCAAGUGUUAAACAGAGAAGAAGGCAAGAAUUCUCUUGUCGCUCUGUUUAUGCUUAAUCUCAGAGUACAAUAGGUACUUGUUUACUCAUUGAAAAGUAACAGUGAUGGGUUUAAUUUGAAGUCUUCCUGCUUCUUAGAGGUAACAAACUUGCCAUUGUUUAAACUUCCACUUAUCCUAUAAUAAACUCUUAUCAAGAAGGGAAUGAAAGCAAACCGUUAAAGCCCUCAUAAGUGGUGCUCAGCUGUGUUUGUUUGAUCAGGUUGGAGACGUCGUGGAGGUGGAGGAAGAUGAGACCUUUCCCUGUGAUUUAAUACUGCUGCAGUCGAGUCGAGACGACGACACAUGUUUCGUUACCACAGCAAGUCUAGAUGGAGAGUCCAACCACAAAGUAAGCAGGGCUGCUCUGCUGUCCCUCAUCUGCCUGUUGUUCAUAACACAAUGUGUCUGUUUCAUAUAUUUAAUAUAUAUUCGAGCCGUUAUUGUGUUUCAGUCUGAGUCACAAUGUAUAGGUGUCUCUCUAGUUCUCCUGUAGUAUCUGUGAACAUUAGAAAGAGGAAAGCUAACCUGAUCCACUGUCUGCUCUACCUCCUCCACAGACACACUACACAGUGCCAGACACAGAGAAGGAUCUGGAGUCUCUCAACGCCACCAUUGAGUGUGAACAGCCACAGCCUGACCUUUACAAGUAGGAACUUAUCAUGUGGCCUUAACAAGUUUACACCACAAGCAUGCGUUGCCCGUGGUUUCUUUAGUCGUGUGUUAAAUCAAUACUGGUUGAAAGUGUGCCAGAUGACCCUAAUGUCCACAGUUGGACUUUUCAGUAAAAAGGUCCCCAUGGGCCUUGGUUUGUUUGUAUCAGAGGAAGCAAAAAUGGGCCCAAAAUUUUCAGCUAAUUUUGAUAAGCCCGGUGCAAAGCUGUUCAUGAUUACUCUCUGGGAAAUCAGAUCAGUCCACAGACAUCCUGUGGCUCCCCCUCGGUGCAAGGAGUAAACAUUUUGUCAUCUAGCCAGGCUUCAGGGUGGUGUUUGAGACAUGCAGAGUAAGCAAUGUUGCCAAAUUCCUGCUAUUUAGAGUCAAUAAAAGCCUUCCUGGCUAACCAGAAGUAAUUAGCAGGUUCCCAAAUCUUUGCAUCUGAUAUUAAGUCAACGUGUAUUUACACUUUUAAAGUAAAUGAAGCAAAGUAAAUAGAUUUUAUGAUUCAGGUACAAAUCCAGUGUUCUGAUAUUUGUAAUGACAACUGUUUAUUCUCAGUGUUCGUGUCAUUUUGUUCCAGGUUUGUCGGUCGUAUGCACAUCUACAAAACGAAUCAGGAACCUGCAGUGAGGUGAGCGCUUGUCCCCAACUGUCCCAGCCCACUUUCAGUCAGAACUAAAUCAAAGCACAGUAGCUUAAGCACUCAUUUACUUCCCUUUGAACCACCAACAAUUCAUUAUUCCAUUGAUCCGUCAUUGUAGACAAGCUUCAAAAUUAAAACAGGCUGGCAUGGCCGCUGCCACUGCUUCCAAAGCUCUCCCACAGGCAUUUAUCACUGACUGUUUUGUAAUGGCCGUAUAAACAAAUGCCAGUGUCCUUCUCAAGAACACUGGGACUCGUGUAAGCCCAGACCGCAGUCGUUCUGUGUAUUGUCACUGCGUAUUUUAGAGUGAGUGCCAGCUUGCCUGCCAGGUUUCCAUUUAGAGAAUGGGGGAGAGUGUGUCGAUUACACAGCUUCUGUGUGACUGAGCUGUUUGAUGUUCUGAUGUGGUUGUGUAGGUCUUUGGGCCCAGAAAACCUGCUGCUGAAGGGGGCAACUUUAAAGAACACCCAGAAAAUCUAUGGUGAGUCAAAGGCUUGACUUUAUCACAGUGAAGUGUGUUAGAGAGGCUCAGUGUCUGAAAAUACAUCUUUUUUUGUUUCUCUCUUAAGGUGUUGCAGUUUACACCGGCAUGGAGACAAAGAUGGCCCUCAACUAUCAGGGCAAAUCCCAGAAACGCUCCGCUGUGGAAAAGUCAGUUUAGAGGAAUUGGUGCAAACAUGUAUUAAAUACUUUGCAUACCUCGACACACCUUAACCAAACCUUUUCUUUUCCAGAUCUAUCAAUGCCUUCCUUCUGGUUUACCUUUGCAUAUUGGUCAGCAAGGCCCUGGUGUGCACUACACUCAAGUAUGUGUGGCAGGGCAAGCCCGGACAAGAUGAGCCAUGGUACAACGAGAAAACCCAGAGAGAGAGGGACACCAAUCUAGUGAGUUCUGCUUAUCCUUGAAGUAAAAACAUGAACCCAUUAAGGCCUGAAUGGCUCAAUAACAGUCCAUAACAAGCCUGUGUCAGAUCAGUUUACAUAAACACUGCUCAGACAUGUCAGCAUAACUUCAGGAGUAAAUGUCCGUAUUGGACUGCUCUGAGAAAAGCUUAAACAGUCUUGAUAGCAUUGAACCUGCACACUCUAUGAAAGGUAAUGCUACUAAAGCUCAAGGACCCUGGUUAAUUCAGUCUGUAGUCAUACGUUCAGCGCUCAAAGUUUUAUUGUAUAAAAGCAUUUACUAGCCCUGGCCUCUCCUAAUAAAACUCCUUUCAGGGAAAUGGCCACUGCAGGCCUAUAUUGUGAUAUGGUCCAUUUCAUUGGAUGUUAACCCUGUUCCCUCGCCCUCAAUGAACUGUAAACAUCCAAUUGCACCCUGACUUUACCUUGUUUCAUAUGAGUUGUUAAGACAACAUAAGCCUGUAUGUCUCAGCUACUGAAUUUAAGGCAAACAAAGUCCAGUGUCACCCUUCAGGCUAAUUCUGUGAUGUGAUGCUGAGAUAUGAUGUGUGUUCAUGUGUUUGUUUUUCCAACAGUACCUAAAGAUGUUCACGGAUUUCCUGUCCUUCAUGGUGCUCUUCAACUUCAUCAUCCCUGUGUCCAUGUAUGUGACGGUAGAGAUGCAAAAGUUCUUGGGAUCCUUUUUCAUCACCUGGGACAAGGACUUCUUUGACCCUGAAAUCAAGGAGGGAGCUCUGGUCAACACAUCAGACCUGAACGAGGAGUUGGGACAGGUCAGACAGAGGCAUCAAACUUAAUGACCGUGUAUCAAAUAGAGAUGGGAGAAAAAAUCGAUACAGCAGAGUAUAAAAAUAAAAUCAACUUUUUGUCCAGUGAGGUUGGCAGAGGUGACAUCAUGGAGCAGGAGAAAGUUGGUACAACAAACAUAUAUAAGGUUUGCAGGAUGCGCUACAUUAAGAUAAAAUACAGUGUAAGUAAGACAAACAUAAAGAAAAGGCAAAUGCUAAAUUAGCUGAAUGGUUGAAAAAAAUUGUAUAAAUCACAAUAUGUUGUAUUACAAAACUGACUGCAUUGCGAAAUGUUAAAAAUCGCAAUAAUAUGGUAUCGUGGCCCAAGUAUCGUGAUAAUAUUGUAUCGUGGGGCCACUGGUGAUUCCCACCCCUUGUAUCUAAACGGCAGCACUCUAUGUCUUGGUGGAAUUUAUUGCUUUCAAUUCAGCAGUACCAUGUUGUGUUAACUUUUAAUUCUAUUAUUUAUGUUUUGAGGCUUAAAAAGUCCUGAAAGGGUCCAAAACAGAGCAGAGUGAACAUCAAUUAAAUCCGACAGACUUUUAACAGUGACACAAUAUUUUAGCUAUAUUUUUAUGCUUUGUAAAGCUUAAUAGAGAUUACACAGCACAACCGAAUCACACAGCAAUUAUGUGAUGUCCAUUAAUAGUGUUUUUGUGUAAAACAAAGAACUACAACUUCUUCUCCAUGUUUCUGACUCUAGAAAAAAGAAGCUUAUAACAGAGUUGGUAAAAAAUAAAGCCAAAAACCCUCCCUAUUCUCACCUCAAAGGAAGAUAUUUUGCUUUUAAACUCCUAAAAUCUAUUCAUUUCAAAGGCAUCAUUUAAUUACACAAAAAUAUUGCACUAAAAUUAUGUCAAACUGAGCUGCACUAAUAUUAAAAUUCACAAUCCAUCAGUGUGUAUCAGGCCAAAUUCAAGUUGGCUCGUACAUCAUAGACCUGAUUAGCUGACAAGUGAGAAACAUGUAUGAUUUGUGUCCAGAAAUAGUUCUUAAAGAAAGUGUCUUUCUGUUCAAGUUCAGCCUUGAAAAAGUCCUAAAUGUACUGUAUAAUGGAGUAAUUAAGCUUACACUAGCUUCUGUGCCAGUUCUCUUGAUGGUUUCUCAACCAGGAAGCUGAGCUGGCUUGGAUCCCGUGAAGAUAAUGCACUCACUAUUGACAAAUACCUCAUACAACCCCAACUAAAGAGAAUCGUCCUUUUAAAGAUGAAAGAAAAGCAAAACUAAAGAGAAUCAUCCUUUUAAGAUGAAAGAAAAGCAAAGCUGAGUUCAUUGCUCCUUUUGGCCCACAGAUAAGUUUGUUUAGUUCUUCUCUAAAUACGAGCUGCUUCUAAUCGCACCAGAUUGCCCGCACUGUCCUGACUUCACCCGUUUUAUCGCACUCCUGACUCAAACAGCACUGCCAUAGAUCAGUCACACUUGGUUUGCCAGAUUAUGACUUCAAUUAAAGGCGAUGCUUCGUUAACCAGAUUAAUGCAGCGUAAUUCUUUCUCACAGUAACUGCCUCGUCUUAUUGUUUGGACUUGUUAAAUGGGCAGGCAGAAUUUUUUUACGGGUCUGAAUUUGUACAUUUAUCACACUGCCUGCAGGUGGAGUACGUCUUCACAGACAAGACAGGCACCCUCACCCAGAACAACAUGGAGUUCAUCGAGUGCUGCAUUGACGGCUUCCAGUACAAGUACCGUGACGCGAGCUCGGAGCUGGAUGGGUUCUGUGUCACAGAUGGACCUGUGAGCAAACUCCAGCAGAAAGCCGGCAGGGUGGGUGUUUGUGGUGUCCCUCCAUCUGCUGUUAAAAUCACACGAGCGGCAACAUAUGGCCAUUACAUAGCUGGCUGCUCAGAAAGCCCCUUCACAGGUCACCCACAUACAUCCUCUUUGACAUGUCAACACAAGCACUCAACAUGGAGGGGGAGCAAAUUGACUGUGUGCUCUUAACACGAGCACCUAACACUUUACAGACGGUUUCACUUCAACACGCAUGUUGAUAAGACGUCUGUGUAAACUAAUACUUAUUUAUCCUCGGCUUCAUCUUAACUUCAGCUUCUGUUUAUGGCUUUUAGUGAGGCUGUAAAUUAAUAAAUUAUUGAUUAAAAAGUCAAAGUCCAAUUUACUGUAUCUUAACAACAUUCCCUGUAUCUCAUUUUACUGUUUUAAACCACAUCUGACAUCACCAGGAGAGGGAGGAGCUGUUCUUGCGGGCCCUGUGUCUGUGCCACACAGUCCAGGUGAAGGAGUCUACAGAGCAGGGUCAAGGUCAAGCGGAUGGACUGAUAGACCAGGUUGAUGGCUUAGGGGUGGAUGGAGAGGUGCUCCAUCCACAGCAGGAGCUGAGGGGUUUUAUAGCCUCGUCACCUGAUGAGGUUGCUCUGGUCAAAGGUGCCAUGAGGUAAGGAACAGGCUGACAUUAUCUUAUGACACUGUAAAAGAUCAUUACUUGAAUAUGAAUGAACUCCAGAGGCUAUACAUUUCACUACAGCACGUCUUCCUGUAGCCUAUCAGCAUAUUAAUAACUCAUUUGUGAUGGUUUGUCUCCAUCUGUAGGUACGGCUUUACAUUUCUGGGCCUCGAAAGUAAAACCAUGAAAAUUCUGAACAGGAACAACGACUUGGAAAUGUAAGCCGGAUAUUCUUCUCUUCAAUCAAGAAUUUUCUCAUUACAUUACCACAGAAUCUUUUAUUUUUCUAAUUUUAUUUCUUGAUUUCUAAAGGUAUGAACUCCUUCAUGUGCUGAACUUUGACCCCGUGAGAAGGCGAAUGAGUGUGAUAGUCAGAUCCAGAUCAGGUGAGCUUGAGUUAACAGUCAGGUCUUGUUGUGUAGACUGUGAUUCAGCACUGGUGUCUGAAUGUUUGUGUACUUUCCCGUCCAGGUGAUACACUCCUCUUCUGUAAGGGGGCCGACUCUUCCAUCUUUCCACGUGUCAAACAGGAAGAGGUGGACAGAAUACGCAUGCAUGUGGAACGCAAUGCAACAGUGGGUGACAUAAUCAAACCGCCCUCCUAAAUCAAGUGUUUUUGUGAAGUUUAAACUCAUUUAACGUUUCGAUCAAGGACUAGAUAGAUCUUGAGUUAAUGUCAUAAUGAUGACAAACUUUCUGUGGUUCCCAAAGUGACAUUGUUUGCUUUGUAUCCCACUCCACAGGAGGGCUACAGGACACUUUGUGUGGCCUACAAAUACCUCAGUGCAGAGGAGUACGCCCAGGCAGAUGCAGGACUGAGGGAAGCCAGGCUGGCUCUGCAGGACAGAGAGGAGAAGCUCAUGGCUGUUUACAACCAAGUGGAGACUGGCAUGAGUCUGAUAGGAGCAACUGCUGUAGAAGAUCGGUGGGUGCUCAUAACAUAACCAUAAAGCUCACAUGGAUGAGUGCUGAUCGUGUUCUGUGUGACCUUCCGCUCUUCUGCUUCGCUUUCGAGAUCGUUGCCGAGAGUUUCAGUAAAACCCACUUAGAUCAAAAAAAUGAGGUUUCACCCAAAACUGAUGAGGGAUGACAAAGUUUUCCAGAUAACUUGUCUCAUUCUAUUUAGUCUUAUUAUUUCCACAACGUCAUUGUUUUAUAAUGACCGGUUUGUGAUGUUGCUCAACAGGAUUCUUUCCUCCUUUGUCGAAAUUCUGAAGAAGCAGCUUUACAGCUCUCUGCAGAUGUUUUAUAUUUGAGGCGUUUUAGCACCCUACUCCCUCAAGCUUUUUCCAAAGUAUCAGCAGAUUCCCGUAAAUGUUUUUUCUCAGAAUGAUGUCGUCUAUUUUAUGACAUUUGAUUUGUCACAUCAUCCAGGAACUCUCCCCUUAGCUGAACUUUUUUGUGUGAGUGUAGACUGCCAUCUUGUGGCUGACAUCAGGAACUUUUAAUAGUCCAAGGUUUAAAUGCUUUCAUAUAGGUACCAUGAAUUAUUUUAUAAUUAUAGUUAAAAUAAGAAAAAAAGAUUAACUACAUUUUUUAGUCAAUCACCACAAUAUGAUUCAGUGCAUUUACAUUUAUGUGUAAUUGUUGUUACUUGGGUAAAAAGGAUGACUAGAGACUCUUCUGAUGUGAUUCUUUAUAAUACUACAGAAAUCUUAACCAGUGAUUAACCUAAUUUGAUAAAUUUAGCGUAAUCAAACUUUAUUAUUCUUUCUUAUUUAUGAUUUGAAACAAGGUCUGUCUUUUCUGUUGCCCAGUUCACUUAUCCCUCUGUCAAAUUCAGCUCUGUCCUCGAUGGUUUAGUUUGUGUAAAAUAUUCUGCAGUUAGUUUAUUUUAGUCUUUCACUUGUCUCAUGUCUUACGUCUCUGGAACCCCCAGACUUCAAGAGGAGGCAGCAGAGACCAUGGAGGCUCUGCAGGGAGCGGGCAUCAGCGUUUGGGUCCUAACCGGGGACAAAAUGGAGACAGCAAAGUCCACCUGUUACGCCUGUAGAUUGUUCCAGAGAAAUACAGAGCUGCUGGAGCUGACAGUGCGAACUCUGGAAGAUGGAGGCAGGAGGAGGGAGGAACGGCUACACGAGCUCUUGCUGGAAUACCAUAGGAAAGCUGUGCAGGACGCACCUCCUGUUAAAGCGGGCGUCACCAGGUGGGUACCUUGACUUAGGGCGCACUCACACCGUGCAUCAUGUUGAAGUAAGAUUGCCCCUCGUUUCAUCAGUUCCCUGAUGGCCUGCACUCAGACUGUUCCAGACUCAAACAGGCCUGGGCAUGAUUACCUACGUCAUAACAAGAUAUACCCAUAGAAGCACUGUACAGUGAACAACACCACAGAGAAUAUGACUGCAGCUGCCAGCUUCAAUGACUUUGUGCAGAGUUUAGAGUGGACUUGGCCACCAGUACUGUUCUGGCCAUACAGAACAACUAUCCACCAUGUGCUCUGAAAAGGCACAGAUGCAAUAAACUAACAUAUACAAGCGAUAUGAAUCCAAAAACAUGGAUAGAAUUAGCCAAAAAGUUACAUUUUUUAAUUUUUUUGUUUAUUAAUUUCUUUAAUCAUUGAUACAUCACACAAUAAGCGACAGCUCAUCCGUCUUCACUCAGAGGUAGAGGAGAAACAGAUAAAUCUAUGUAAAUUUCUCUUUACUUCAUCCUGAUGUGUCAGGAAUCAUAUCUUCCUCUUCUGCUGAGCCACUCACACAUGUUUAAUCUUUAUCUAGUAACAAGAGUCACAUUUUUAACCAUCUUUGCUCUCCUUUCUUUGAGAAAGAUAUUUUUCAGCUGCUUUUGUUCAGCAAACUUGUCAGCAUUUGGGUCCUGCUGUUUUCUCUGUACUGGUAUGUCGAUGUCAGGUAUGAUGUUUAGGUGAAGGAUUUCCCUGUUUGUUUCUGUAGGAGCUGGUCUUCGGCAAACCAGGACUAUGGUUUCAUUAUUGACGGAGCUACUCUGUCGAUGGUGCUGAACUCCUCCUCUGACUCGAACGGUAGUCGCUACAAGAACCUGUUCCUGCAGAUCUGCCAGAACUGCUCGGCUGUACUUUGCUGCCGCAUGGCUCCCCUACAGAAGGCUCAGGUCAGAACAAUCAGUAACAGUGAGGAAAACAUUAAAUCCUCAAAGUAAAAAAAACCAACUUUUUUUUUUCUUGUUGCUGUUUCUAAAUGGUGCCAUUUUUGUGGUUCUAUCUUCAGAUAGUUAAAAUGGUGAAGAACUCCAAAGGCUGCCCGAUCACCCUUUCCAUUGGAGACGGUGCCAACGAUGUCAGCAUGAUUUUAGAAGCUCAUGUUGGUAUUGGUAAGAGGUCUUUCGUUAAAACUCAACCAUCUGUUCUGCAGAGAAGAGACGUCUUCAUAAUGUGAUAUUUGUACUCUGUGUUUCAGGCAUUAAGGGUAAAGAGGGGCGGCAGGCAGUGAGGAACAGCGACUACGCCAUCCCCAAACUCAAGCACCUCAAGAAACUUUUGUUGGCUCAUGGGCAUCUCUACUAUGUUCGCAUUGCACACCUCGUGCAAUAUUUCUUUUACAAGGUAAGAGGAAGAAACGUUUCUGUCUUCCUGACUUCAUAUCAGACUUACAUCUUGUUAUGAGCAUAUAUUUCCCAAACAAACCCACACACGAACUUGAUUCUAAGUUAAGUUCACGUUUAUGUGUUGUAAUAUUAAGUGCACAGGAACUGAUUGUAAAAAUGUUUGCAGUAUUCUUUCAUGUUUUGAUGCACCAUCGUGAACCUGUUCUCUCUCUGUGUUUGCCUGCAGAACCUUUGCUUCAUCUUACCUCAGUUUUUGUACCAGUUCUUUUGUGGCUAUUCCCAACAAGUGAGUAUGACCCGAGUCCCUUUGAGGUUCAAAGAUGAGUGAAUGUCAAAGGAGGCAAAGUGUUCCUUAAAUCUGCACCACCUCGUGGUCCUGAAUGCAACACUCUCUCCCUCAGAUUGUUCCCUACCCCACUGGCCCUGGAGUGUUUGACCUCUGAAUGAUAUAUAUAGUUGUAUUCUGACUUUGAGGCAUAGCACUGAUACAGACAUGCAUCAUUUUCUUCAUGCUUCAUUGUAAUUGUAGUAUGCACUCAUGGUUUGGUGAUCCUGUUGAUCUUGUACCAGUUUGGUGCAGUUUAAAAGCAGUGAAUCCUCUUUCAUGCCACGCGGCUCGACUUAGCUUGAUUUUAUGCCCUUAAAAAAUAAAUAGAAGUUUUCUUUUAUGACAUUCUGUCCAAGUAUGAUGGUGUGUGAGAGCUGUGUCCUCUCCGUGAUAUUAACCCCUGGCUCCUCCUCCUUCCCUGCCUUCCCCGACCUUCCCCCACCUGCUACCGUCUUUCCCAGCCCCUGUAUGACGCGGCCUAUCUGACGAUGUACAACAUCUGCUUCACCUCUAUGCCCAUCCUGGCCUACAGCCUUUUCGAGCAGCACAUGUGCAUUGAGGUUCUGCUGGACAAUGCUUCCCUUUACAGGUAAACAUGGGAACGUCUCCUACAUGUGUAACUGAAUUGCUUUCAUUGUUGACCAGCUAGUUUGUAGAAAUCCACUAAAUCUUUUUCCAAGUGACCAAACCUGUGCAGUGCGGAGUUUUAGGUCUUCUUCUUUGUAACAUUAAAUAUCAAAAGGACAACUUUUAUGUAGAUAUGAUAUAUUUUUCAGUUGACAGAGCUUGUCUAGAUAUUUCAAUAAAAGUUAAAUAUAUUAUAGUCUGCCAUUUAUAUUUGAUAUUUUAUAAAGCAAUGUUCUCUUUCUUUUACUACUUUGUUCAGAGAGAUUGCCAAGAAUGCCAUGCUGCGGUGGGGACCAUUUCUGUACUGGACUUUGCUGGGAGUCUUCCACGGCUUACUCUUUUUCUUUGGUGUCCGGUUUUUGUUCAGUAACCCAGCACUGCAAGAUAACGGCCAGGUUUGAUAUAACUCACCUUCUUUAUGGGCGCAACACUAGAUGACUUGAUGAAGCAGUUUCUACAGAGAACAUUUGCUCAUUUGUCUCAUUCUGAUUUAGGUUUUUGGCAACUGGUCAUAUGGGACGAUUGUUUUCACUGUCCUUGUCUUCACUGUCACACUGAAGGUAAACUGUUAUUUAUCUUGACUUAGAAACAUUUGGGCAGCUACGACAGAGUAAUGAGGCCACAUGAAGAAAAACAAAAACAAAAACCUCAAGAUUAAAGUCAUUAAUUUACUAGAAUAGAGUAAUUACUUUCGGGAAUAAAGUCGUAAUAAAAUAAAUACAAGAAUAAAGUCGUAAUAAGAUAAAUACUUACAAAAAUAAAGUCGUAAUAAAAUAAUUACUUACGGGAUUAAAGUUGUAAUAAAAUAAAUACAAGAAUAAAGUUGUAAUAAAAUCAUAACUUACGAGAAUAAAGUCGUAAUAAAAUCAUAACUUAUGAGAAUAAAGUCGUAAUAAAAUAAUUACUUACAAGAAUAAAGUUUUAAUAAAAUCAUUAUGAUACUUAAUGUGAUGCUGAUGUGAUCGUAUGUUUACGACUUUAAUGUUUACGUUACGUUUUAUGUUUACGAGUCUUAAUUUUUUUUCUUAAUGUGGCCUUUAUACUCUGUCAUAGGGCAGCAGAUUUACAUGAAAGCAGAUAAAUGGCUCUCAGUAGGCGACAAAGUGCAUUACAUAUUUAAAACAUGUAUCCACUCACUCCUGUACUUUUGCAGCUUGCUCUGGACACGCGGCACUGGACAUGGAUCAACCACUUUGUAAUCUGGGGCUCCCUGGCUUUUUAUGUGUUCUUCAGCUUCUUCUGGGGAGGAAUAAUAUGGUAAGAAUGCAAUUCUUAAAAAACAAUCAACACAGGAAGUCAAAACUGCCCUGUUAUUAUUAUUUUUCAUGUUUAUUCACUGCAUGUCGCUCCGGUAUGAAGCAGUGUUCCCUCUCCUGCAGGCCUUUCCUGAGGCAGCAGCGUUUGUACUUUGUGUUUGCCAACAUGCUGAGCUCAGUGUCAGCAUGGCUGGUCAUCAUUCUGCUCAUCCUGCUCAGCCUACUGCCAGAGAUCCUGCUUGUGGUGUUCCGCAAGCCCCGAGGGCCCCACGCUCGACAGGUAAGAGCUGAAAAAAACACACACACACAUACAGCCUUACUUGACCUGACACACAAAUUUGCGCUCUCUCUGUCUGUUCUUCUCUUCUUUUUCUUCUUUCACUCUCCUCUCUGCCUUUUCUAUUUCUGUCUCAGAUUCACAGCAGGCUUAUAUUACACAAUUGUGCUGCAGAUUAACCAUUUGUUUCCCUAAGGAUAUCACUGUGGGUGAUAGAGCCCAUACUUGAUGUGUCUGAGAUGUAAAGAGAGAAGUGAAACAAGCGGCAAUGUUUAUGUCAUGAGUCAAAUCCUUCAUAUACAUUAGGGAGGUGGGUCUAAGAUCAGUUCAGGAUUAUUUGUCUCCUUCUUUCCAUGUUUUGUAUUCGAGAAAUAUCAAGAGAUAAGGAAUGAUUCAAAGUGGGACACUGGGCUCCUUUGCAGUUCGGAGUUGCUCUUUAGAGGGAAUGAAUUGAUCCUCCUCCAAGUUCCUCUCCAAGACAACUUUCCCAGACAUAUUUGGCAAUAGCUCUCCAUGUGGCUGAUGUGUUUUCCAAGCAGCUGCAAAUGUUUGGUUGUCGGCGCUGUGCUGCUGGGUGGGUUUUCAUGCUUGUUGUUGUCAAAUGGUGUCCAGACUUUCUUUAAAUAAGGGCAAGUGAUGAACUGAAUUACAGAGCAAGACGUACUAUUUGCUUUGCUUGAAUUUAACACCUAUUAACAUAUUUUCUGAAGUGAUAGUGCCUGUUGUUACCAUGAGUGGUUUUGUGUAUCUAUAAAGUUGUAAUGAUUUUUAAAACAAUCUUAACUCCUUAAUGUUACGAUUCUUCCUGGUUUUUACUCUUCCAACAUUUUUCCUAUCUGGUGCUCUAGCUUCUGCACUUGCAUCCUUCCUCCUUGCUCUGUCUUACUCUCUUAUUUUCUCUCUCUUCCUCGCUGAACCUGGCUCCCUAAAGAUGCAACAUCGCCUUCCUUCCUCCGGAACAUCUACUAUCUUCAUGUUGUCGCAGACCGCUAGCACUCACAGCUUCUCGUGGAGCGACUGAGGUCUCUUUUUCUUUCUGCCAGCUUCUUGUCCUUCAGCCUCUUCCUGCAGAAUUUCUGUGUCUGCCAGUCUUGCUUGUUUUCCCAUCUGUCGUGUCCUUCCUCUCCCACUGUUUAAACCUCCUCCUUACCCUCUAGAGUAACUUAGGGUGGCGUUUUGGUAUUUUCAAACCCCUAUCCGGAUGAUUAGGUCACGUUAAAUAGUCAAGUUAGACUUCAAGCUCCCUAUGUUUGAACCUUGACGUGAGUGGUGUCUUGACUGUAGAAGGGAGGAUGUGUUAUUGAAUCAGCUAGCAGUGUGGAGUGGAACCAGGUGGUGUCUAUACUGAAAACGUGCAAACGUCAGUCUCUCACUCUUGUCUGUCCACUUGUAUCAGUAUGUGUGUCCUCCUGGCCGCCUGUGCUGCUCCAAUGCCUGCUGCCUCCGCAUGUCCAGUCAGGUGAAUGCAGCACGACAAAGCACCCUAACUUGCCUGCAUGAAGCUCAAGUCAAGAACCUCAUCCUGGAUCUUCACCUUAAACCCUGCGGGCAUCUGCAUUUUUGUCAGCACGUGCGUUAUACUACACAUGCUGCUGUAUAGACAUGUGCGAGGAGAGAAGAGAAAUCUAGAAGAACAGUUUGCCUUAAAGGUUACCUGGACUUGUUUUCAUCGUCCACCUGUCCAGCAUUCAAGUCUUUGUGUGUCUAUUUCUGUUCCCUGUGUGUGCGUCUCUGUGUGUAUGUGUCUGUAUGCAGGGGUGAGAAUAAUGCUGCGUUCGAGUUACCUCGGAAAUCAGAAGUCCGAGCUGGGAAUGACGUCACACCGAGUUUCCAGCGUAAAGAAAAAAGAAAAAUUGGAGGUGGAAACAAGAUGGCACAUCUACGAAAGUUAUUUUAGUGUUUGCCUUGUCCGAAUGUAAGCAAGGACAAGGCAAGCGCUAAAAUAACUUUCGUAGAUGUAGCCAUCUUGUUUCUGCCUCCGAUUUUGCUUUUUUCCGACUUUGUAGCUGAAACGCUGGUAACUCAGGUGUGACGUCAUUCCCAGCUUGGAUAUCCGACUUCGAGGUAACUUGAACGCAGCCUAAGAAGGAGAGCGAGGGAAAGUGUGUACGUGUCUGUCGGCGUAGUGAUGUCAUUGGUGUCUCUUGCCUCACCCUUCUAGAAGAAGCCGGUUCAGUCGAGCGCCGGGAGCCCCCAGUCUCCCCGGUCUUCAGCCAGGCCCCUGCUCAUGAGAACCUUUUCAGAUGAGUCCAAUACUGUCAUUUAAACAGGUACCAGCCUACCUUCAGGCCAUUUAAGCCAAUCAAAGACUCACUCCCCCCAGCCAACCAACCAACCUCUAGCAGUUCUGGCCCCUCUAACUCUGAGUUUUAACAAAAGCGUUCAGACAUUCAGGCCUCUCCCAACCAGACCCUGUGUCUUUAUGUGUUGUUUAAGCUGAAAUUGGCUGCCUGAAGAGAUCAACAUUUCUCAUGUUUGACUCAAGUUUAAGUUCAAGAGGUCAAAAUGGUGCACUUAUCUUACAUGUGAAUGCAUCUUUCGGCCUAAAGUGUGGCAGACUCAGCAUGUUUUUUGUUUUUCUGUUCACACACGCUCCUGUCUGCUUCUCUUCGCUGCUUCUCCUGCAUGUGCUUUGAAAAUGCAUACUUAAUGUUUUUUUUUUCCCCUCCGUGUCAGUACAUCUGUUCACUGAGGCUGGAUCGCCUGAGUGUCAAGUGUUGAUGUUAUUUAUCCGUCAGUGUGUAUAACAGCGGUGUUUUUGAUCCCCAGUCUGGUGUUCAUGUGCUGUUUGUGAGGUGAUGGUUCGGUCAUGGUGGUUUCAGACUGUGUGCAUGUCCUAAAACCAGUAUCAGUGGUUGCUGUCUGCUUUCUUUCCCAGCUAUUCAUUGACUCAGGUGCUGAACUCGGCUCGCUGCAUGAUGUGAUGUUGCCUUAACCCUUAAAGUGAACGCUGCUGCAUUAUAUACAGGGGAUGUCGACAAAAUGAAUGGAAACAUCGUUUUUCUGGUGCACAUAAAAUAUCAGUGUUUAACGUCACACGAAGCUCCUGUGAGGAGUUUUUGACUGGAAAUGAAAUCGUAUGAGACAUUAACAUAAACUAACUAAAUCAACAACAAAAGCUGAAAAUUCCUGAUCCAAAAUCUUUAAGACCUGUAACAUCCGUAGAGGGGGGAGGUGUUUAAUUUCACCAAUCAUAGCACGCUGAGAAAAAUAAAAAUGGCCUUUUUAACAUUCUCCCCAGAAAAUAUUCACUGUGAGUGAUCUGUUCACUGUGAAUCAUCGCUGUGGAAAAUGUAAGAAAGAAUACAUGAUGAUAUUUGUGUUAGAAAACACGAUUUAUACAUGAAUGAGAGAAAAUCAGUAGAGAUUUUUGAUGUGCAGUUUUGCCCACAAGAGGGUGCCAAAAUCAACACAAAUGGAAAGUUCCUUACAGGAGCUCCAAAUGAAUCAAAAACCUCACCAUGAAAUAGAUAUAGUAUUUUGUUUCAUAAUAAAGGGUCAUUUGAAAGGGGUUUCAGCAGUUUUUAUGAUAAAAUGUGUAACACUUUUUAGGUGUCACAACAGAGCCAAAAGGCAAAGAGGGAGACGUAGCGUAAUCUUAGUGAUAUUACAAUGACAAUUAAGAAAUGUUAAGAUUAAAAGUACUACUUUUGUAUCAAACAGACAUGUAAUAGUCUGUUUCUUUGGUGUGAAUUAUCCAGCAGCCAUUCAACUUUAGCUCUUCAAUGUGAGCCUUGUUAUAAAAGUGGGAUUGUGGAGUAAAACAGAUGUUAAACAAAAAGUACUUUGGAGCAAAAAUUAAAAACUGCUGGACGAAGAAAACAUUGAGUUCCAAAAUCUGUUGAAAAAGAAGCAGAAGGAAGUUUCAAAGAUCAAAAAGAAGUUUCAAGGAAAAAUUGUUGAGAAGAAUUUGAAAGAGCAUCCCCACCUUCGGGCAUUUAAAAAAAACAAUCAUAAAUGUCUUCAUCUUUUUGUCCACCCCCUGUAGACUGGUCUAAAUGUUGCACCUUCCCAUCACUGUUCACCAGGGUCACCAAUAUCUGCUGCUUGACAAGAGCACAGGUCUUUUUUCAUGCAACAGCUUUCACUGUGUAACCUUCAUUUCUAUUCUUCCAAUAGCUGUCAGAGAACAACCUUCUGCGAACGUCCAGGUAAUCCACAGUCAAAUAAGCCGCCUGUACCUGUUCUGUGUUCCUGCUGAGCGUUAACAGCAUACCGGGGGUGAAAUUUGGAGCCUUUUGUUUACUAAUUCCGUCACGUUUCUGGUGGUGGGGAAAGUGUCCGUUUUUCGUUGUUGUCGUGCUGUGGUUUGUGGCCAAUCAAAGCUUAUUCUCAGAAGACUUUGGUGAUUUUCUGGUGUCUGGUUGUCCUCCUCGUGUUUGUCGUUCUCAAGUUAAAAAAAAAACCUCUGAGGUAAAAAUCUGUCUGCUUGUACUUUCACAGAUUGCGCCAGUCACACCACUCUCCUACAAGCACCUGAAUGAUGGCAACUAAAAGGCAGCUGGGACUUACAACAACCGUGGCGUCAGACGCUUUCAGGGUCCUGUGCCUGUCAGAUCAGAGUUGUCUGCCAUCCUGCCUGAUCAAAACAGAGGAGAAGGAAAAAUAAGAAGAAAAAGAGAUAUGAUGACUGGGGGGGAAGGGAUAAAAAAAGGGGUUCAGCGGUUUUUUGGCUCGUGUCUCUCUGCUCCGUCCUCCUCUGCCAAAAUCCCCACAACUCCCAACCCCCUCCCACCUGCGCAUGCCUGCAGAGCUGUGCCCUGCAUUAUUUUUUAAGAUAUCUACUCAGAAGACAGGCAUGGGUUUUCUUUUUUUUCCCCUCUUCUUUUUUUUUUAUACAAGCUUAAAAUGAAUGCAUACACGGCUGCCUUCUCAGUAGCUCUACCCAACUGCUGUGUUUUAACAAGCGGUUGUAAUUUCCACUUCAAGAAUGGUUCACCUGCAUGAAAGAGGGCUCAGAAGAAGAAGGCUCCACUCCACUCCACUGAGGUCAAGUCACCGCUCUUUACUAAGAUUCUGUGAAGGCUACAAUAAUCCCAUUCUCAGCGGUUACACUCAGAUCUAUUACUUUACAGUUAUUCAGCUUUUUCAACAGUUAUUCUUUAAACGGUUACACAGUCUGUGCGAGAACACGCACUCAUCCACAGUGUACGGAAAAGUUACUGAAGGUGGUUUUACUUCUGCUCGGAGCUGCAAAACAAUUGUCAGGAUGUUUUUGUUUUUUAUAUACUGUUGUCAUAUUUUUCUUUGACAAUGAAUCUGCAUUUUUUUUUUCUUUGUCAAAUCAGUAAACAGAGGCCAUAUUAACACCUGAUCCAAAAAAAAGUGUGUGUGUGUGUUUGUGUGUGUGUGCGGCAAGAUUGAGAGAAAGAUUAGAGAUGUUAAGCAUGAUCUGGCAAUGAAACAUUGCUUUGAGCGUGACCUAAAUCUCCCAACCUCAGAGAUAAUUUAAGAGUCCGUUAAGAUGAUUAAAUUAAUAUAUUUGUGCUGUACUGUAUAUAGCUUAGAGAUGUAUGAUAACAUCUGCUCAAAGCCAAAAAGGUAGACGUAAUACGAUCAGAUUCUGUCCACUCUAGUGCGACCUGAAAGUGACAAGUCAGUGUGUGUGUGUGUGUGUGUUUGUGUGUGUGAGACUGUACUGGAUUAAAACUCCAGAAUUGCCUGUGCGUCAUGAAAACCAGGAUUACUUGAAACCUCUUUAGUUUGUUUUAGACAUUUCCUGCACUAUUAAGGAAACUGGUUUCUUCAUCGCGGUGGUGGGUCACCGAGGCACAUCAUUAUAUGCCUGAGCACACACACUCAUGCACAUAUCAGCUAUAUGAGAACAAUACACAGUGACCACAUACAUUUAACACAUUUAUGCGCACAUGCACUAAAGCCCAAAUGAGGUAUUUAUGUUCAUCUUAUUAUCUAGUUUGUGUCAUUUGUCUCAUGAAGGCUCAAGUUUCUCUGCGACAUGUUAACGCCACUGUGAGUCUUUUAACUUCAUUUCAUUUGAUUUGUUUGGUCAAAUUUCCUGACUGUUGAGUGGACUGUUUGGUCUUUUGUUCCCUCCUUUCUCUCCUUGUGUGAAACGCUUCAUACAUUCCAUUUAAACAGGCUUUGAUUUCAAACAUUUUGCGAUACUGUCGUCUUCAUUUUUCACAAAUUUGUAUCGUCUCUUUGGCAUAUUUAUUGUUCAGUGUAAUUUUACUCACAAAUGUUGUUCUUUUAUGGUGUAAAUCUUUUUGUUUUUAUCGUCGUGGAGAGUGAUCAGCGUUCAUCUGUGUCGCUCCAGAACUGGUGUGAGCCCGUGCCAAUCUCAUUUGAUAGUCUUUGUCGUACACGCAGAGACAGGCAGCCCCCCUAGUGCUCUCCCAACUUCCCAUAAUCCACCUCUAUACCAACAGCACUCCUUUAACAAGAGUAUAUCUAAACUUUUUAGAUCCUGUAACUUUUCAUGAAUGUUUCAUUUUUAUCGUUUCCUGGUUGUGCUUUCAAACACUGCCUGAGUUGCUCAUGCAGUCAUAAUACCAUACUGAUAUACAAAUUAUCUCCAUUUGAAUUUGUUCUGAACAAAUGGAAUAACAAACAUGUCUUUCAGCAUCGUUUUCUACUGUUAGACUUAUUUUUAAUGUAAAGAGGAGGAGACUGCUCACACCCUGUGACAUGUCGCCCCCCAGACUGCACUGUGCCAGAGACUCGGGACUGAGAGGGGCUGCCUGCCUUGUUAACAGAUGAAUAACCUUUAAGUGACAUCAGAGAUGCUAUUUUCAGAGCUAAUAAAAAGAAAAAAAGAUAUCUUGGAUUCCAAUGUUUUGCCUGUUGAAAAAGUAUAUAAGAAUGGAUUGUAUUUUUAAUGCAACCUUUUUCCAGCCACUUUUUCUAAAAAAAAAAAAAAAAUCAAAAUGUCCAAAAAAGCACGAGAGGCUCUAUGGUUGUGGACGGUGUCCCUGUCUGUGAGGGGGGUUGGAGGUCUUCGGCCCUGCGGGGUCACCUCGCCACCUCCAGCCCUUUGGGUCUCCAGCCUCAACACUCCAAACCUCCAAGCUGAAUGUACCUCUUUGAAACUAGUAUAUUGGAAAAAAAUGAAGAUUUUCUGUAAUAAAGCAGAAUGUUUUGAACAUAAAUCAA